CGGAAACGUAUCCACUUUGUAUUCAUGAUGGCUUCUCACUGCUCUCCUAGAGCUGUAUGUAUUUCCCAAUAAUUAAUUAGAAAAAUUGGAAAGUUUAAAUUUGCUUUUAUUUCUUUGUAAUAUUGAAAUCCGCCUUAUAAUCAUACGAAAGGAGAUCCUUUGUUUUAACUGUUAAAUUAAUAAAUAAGUAAUGGAAAUUUAAAAAAUAAUAAUUCCACUGCCGAGUCCACUGACCACUGCCCUCUCACUAGUAGUAGUCUAAUUCGGGUCUCUUGCUUGGCUUGAACUCUCUCUCAUCUAAGUCUACAGUUCAGCUGAGAACUCUUAGGCCCCUCUUAUAUUGCUUACAAAACUUAACCCUAAGUGAGGCUUAAGCUUCACCCUAGCCCUAAGUCUAAGUUAGGGUGACCAAAUCAUGAACUGGAAAAAAUGGGACACACGCAAAGAGUAGGAGGGUUUGGGGGGGGGGGGAGGGGCGAUACCCUCCAGCUAUAGAGGGGUCUUGAAAGGGGGGGGGGGCUAAGAAUAAGAAGAGCAAUUAAUAGGGCCUACAAAAUUGCUUUUUCACAGUCGCAAAGCUAGGAUCUAUAAUCAAGGCUGUAGUGUAUGUGAGUGCAUUAGGAAAAGAUGGCAACCAAAGCUGUGUUGCAGAGCUUUGUGCUUGGCUUAAAACAUCGACAAGAGGAUGUAAGGUUCAAAACUGCAAUUGAUCUUCAUCACUUUGUUGUGACUGAGCUUCGGGAGAUGCAGCAGGAUGAUGUGGCAUCAUUCAUGGAUGAUUUCAACCACCAUAUUUUUGAGAUGGUUUCCAGCUCAGAUGUUAAUGAGAGAAAAGGUGGUGUUUUAGCCAUAGGUGAGAUUUUGUUGAAUUUUUAUUAAUUUUUGUUUUCAAUCACACUUUACGUAUUAGCUGUGUGUAUUUAUUUUUAUCAAAUUUAUGAUUUGUGCUUUCUCUUCUAAUUGAGUACAUUACAUCCACCCAUCUUUGAACAGGCCGUUUCAUUUCCUUCAAAUUCUAUUUACAACUUUUACAAGCAUUCUUUUUAAAGAAGUUGGAAAUUUGAUCUACUUCUGAUAUCUUCAGAUUUCCACAGAUUGUCUGUCUGCUAAUACUUGUUCUUGGUUUCCCCAGAAAUUUAUGUAUUUUAUCAAUUUACAGUGACUUGAUUUUAAGAAUUGAUUUACAUAAAUAGGAGCCAGAAUGAUCAAUACAUUGAUCAUCCCUUAAGAUAUAGAAGAAGAAGAAUUUCUGAAAUUUUAUUUUUGUGGAUGUAUUCUACCAUUUUACACAGUCAUGAAUAUGAGUGAGAAGGGAUUUUCAUUUGGGUUUCAUGUUCAUGGUUGUUUUAUCUUUAGUAUUUUAGACUUGGUGUCUAGGUACCACUUUCCUAGAUUCAGCUCCUUAGUUAAAAAAUAUAUUUCCUCUAAAUUUAAAUUUGAUUUUCAUUAUCACAGUUAGUCUUCUUGGCGGAGAUGUUGGUAACAUUGGAACUCGCAUGAGCCGCUUUGCAAAUUAUCUAAUGAACCUACUCCCAUCAAACUCAUACGACCUUGGGGUGAUGGAAAUGGCUGCGAAGGCUGUUGGUAUACUGGCAUUAUCUUCCGGCACAUAUGCAGCAGAGUAUGUUGAGUUUGAAGUAAGAAGGGCACUGGAAUGGCUUGUCUCUGACAGAAUUGAAGGGAGGAGACAGGCGGCAGUAAGUCAUGGAAAUAGAUAAAAGCAAACAUCAUGAAUUUUAUUUUUGCUAUAGGAUGGGGCUUCCAGGGUUGAUAGUGGAAAUUGCAAAAUGUAAAUAAUAAUAAUAAUAAUAAGUGGUCUUAUAUAGCGCGGUACCCCAGCCUAGGGCUGGGCUCACCGCGCUGUACAUAAAAAUAUUAGCCAAAGAGACAUAAUCACGACAUUAAAAUAAAAUAAAUUGAUGAAAUAAAGAACAGCGUGUAACCAAAAACAACAAAACAAAUGUAUAUUCACCCACCCCACCCCAGAACUUUUACAUGGCAAAGCAUGGACGACAACCAGCAGGAUCGUUUAUUGGUCAGAGGAGGGGUAUCAGUCAGGGUAGUAUAGUUUAAAGAGAUGUGUUUUGAGUGCAGUUCUUGUCUAAUUUUAAGUAAGGAUUUAAAAAAAUUGUAUUGUUCUUUUCAGGUUUUGGUGUUAAAAGAAUUAGCAGUUAACACACCCACAUUUUUCUAUCAACAAGUACAACAAUUUUUUGACUCCAUAUUUUUUGCUGUAAGAGAUCCCAAGGUAAAUGUAUAAUUAUCAGAGUAGCCUCGAGUAUCUAAUUAAAAAAAAUGUACUUGUUAUUUAGUGUGGACCAUGUCAUUCUACACGAUUUACUUUUUACAUAAGUAAUCUCACAGGAAAUUAAUGCAAUUUUGCACAUUUAGAAAAUACAUUCAGAUAUUAUUUUGUGUGUACAGCUAACACAAAUGAAGGACUAAUUUGGAAAUAUGUGUAUUGUUCUUUCUUGCAGCCAUCCAUUAGAGAAGGUGCUGUAGCAGCGAUGAGGGCUGCUCUUGCAGUUACUUCUCAGAGAGAAACCAAAGCCUCUCAGAGAUCAGUGUACAAGGUGCUACAAACAAUAUCAUUAUUAAGUUUACAUUAAAACUGUUUCAUUAUAAAACAUACAUAUCAACUAUUUGAUUAAGUCAAAUACAUUGCACUAAUUGAUUAUGUAACAUACAAUAACUUAUUCAUUAUAUAACAAACAAUUCUAGAUUUUAUUACAUGUCGUCCAAAAUAAUUUCUCAUUUGAAUCCUUAAGCAAUGCUUUGAUGAAGCGCUAAAGCCCUUUGAUGAGACAACUGGACGAGAAAAGAAGAUGACCAGAGAUGACUGGAUGCAUGGCUCAUUACUUAUCAUUAAUGAAUUGUUGAGAUGUAGCAAUAAUGAGGCUGAGGUAAACCAGUUUUUUUAAUCAUUAAGUGUUGAGUGAAGCAAAGUCUGGUUUUAGAAGGGGUAUUUCUGGGGUCAUGGGCCAGAUAAAGAUGGUGGUGGGCCAUGAGUUGAUUACCCCUCUUUCUAGAGCACUAAUUAUGUAAGGCAGAUUGAAAAUUAUUUGAAAGACUGAGAGCAGUGAUUGUUCAAAGACUGCAAACUCUUGUUUAAGAUGUUAAAUUUUUUUUAGAUGUGAAUCCUCUUUCUAACAGUAGUUGUAAUCGUUACGAAAGCUGGCUAGAGUUAAGUAUCUAUAACUUUUACGGGCAUUUUAAAACACUGCUUAAAGCCAGUGUUGGGCCAAAUUGAGUAGUAACAUCUCAUACCACUUUGUGGUUGUAUGUGAUAGUUUUCUCAGCUGUGAUAAAAGUGAUAGUUUUCUCAGCUGUGAUAAAAUUAAGUUGUUAGCAAAUAAGGGUGAUCUAAUGGUGACUUUUAUAGAGAGAAAACUUUCAAGGAUCAGUAAAAAAAACAAACACAGUUGGUGAACUUAAAUCACACUUACAGGUCAACUCACAUGUGGCUAAAAGUGUCCUCAAUCUGAUGUCAUAUUUAUUAAAUGAAGUGAUGAGUGAGAACACUGGUUACAAGGAAACAGGGCCAUAUUCAUUGUACUUGCUUUUAAAAUAGCAUUUUAAAAUGUAUGUUAUCAGGAAAAUUAAGUAAUUUUUUUAGAUUAACACAACACACCUAAAGAUUCUUAUUUUAUAAUGAAAAGAUAUGUAAAUUUUAAAUAAUAACCUUUUAAUUUUAUUUUGAUCCCCAGCGCUUGCGCAUGGAAGUGGAAGACAUUACAUCAGAGCAAGUUUUUCAUGAAAAAACUGCCAGGGUAAUUAUAUAAUAAAUCUGUAUAGCAGACCUGUUUACUCUUACGAUUUUGGCGUACAAUGUACGAUUUUGAGACGUCUUUUACGAUUGUACGCAGCGACCCGCCAAAACUACAAUUUUCAGAGAGCCGGUGAAAAAAAAAAAAAUUCCGAUUAAAAUUCGUUUGUUGUAGUUUUAGCCUUUUCCAAGAAAAAUCUACUGGUGAAUGGAACGAGAAAAACGAUUGGUUGUAAUUUUUUUUAAAGUUGGGACCAUCCUUCAUUAUAUUAUGUGCGCACUGAGAGGGGAGGUGAGGGCUGUUAAUGAAGGAGAUUUGCGGCAUACGGGACGCAUGGGUGGGGGGUUGGUAGGAGUGCCAAAGGUUAUAAAAAUAUCACGGCAAAGUAUCGUAUUGAUGGCGAUGAUUGUCAUAGUGUUGCUUUGUGUGUCACACUGAACUAGUUAGCUGUGUCACCGGUAAUAUUUAUACUGUUCACUGCCAUCCCCUUUGACUGCUACCAAGCGUGUGACGUAGUUGUGUUCCCUUGAACCGCAGCAAUUGUGAAAACGGAGAAAACUAGAGACGAUAUGAUUUUUACAAUAAAAUACAUGAUCCCACUGUUCUGCACUGGAACGUUGGAUGUGGGCAUAUUUUAUAAGAGCUGGUCAGCGGCAUUUAAAAAAAAUAUGUGUAGAACUCGCAAAGCAGUUCUUUACCUCAGCGAUCGUAAUACGACAGUUUGGUAUCACUACUAAUACUGCCCCCCCCCAUCCCACCCUUUUUUUAAACGGAAAAAAAUCAGACGACAGCUCAAUUUUUUUCCCCAGUAAUGACGGGGGUUGGGGGGGGGGGUUCUGCCCGGUGGAAAUAACUUUCGUCACCAGCACGGAAAGACAAAUUACUGACUACAAUGUGUUAAAACUAUGUCAUGUUCAAUUUUACAACUACAGGGAUCUCUUUAUGAAAAACACAAAGCAUAAGUAGCUUAUAUGAGUAGGCCUAUAUGCUUACUGCGAAAUAUUGUAAUAUUUUUUUAUAGCAAUAAUAAUAAUAAUAAAAGGCCUAAUUAGAAUUCACAGAUUUUCAGAUGACGGUUGACUCUAUAAGAGACAGGAUAAUUACCUGAUUUUAAUGUUACCAUUAAUGGAAUCAGCGAUCCUUUUUAUUUUCGGUCCCCUAGUUUAGUUUACUUAGUGAGUAUUUUACGAUAUGGCCUCAACACAAAGAAAGGCACGCGAAACCGAUGAUGAAGAAGAAACUUCUACCGAUAAACAUCAGCUUCAACAAAAGAUAAAGAAAGUUUAUAUUCUUGCUUCGAUAUAAGACACAAUUUACUGUGUUGAGGUUUUCAUAGAAGGGUCCAUCAUAUGCGCGCUGCACAUUCUGCAAGUCGGACUUUUCAGACAAAAUGAGUGGUGUGGAUUUAGGAGAUAGUGUGUAUGGCGCGGUUCUGAAUAUUAAAUAAAUCUAUACAUUCAACACCGUCAUCCACAUUUUCGUAAUGUCAGUUGGGGGGAGGGGGUGGAGGGGGGAGAGAGAGGAUGUUCCUCGGCAGAAAGUGCAUGCAGUAUUUAAAAAUACUCAAUAUUCAUCCCGAAAGUCUGAAAGUCCUAAAAUAGCACAUUAAGAUCUCGAAUGCUGUAAAAUACCAGACAAUGUUUAGUAGGAAUUACUGUCGCGAUGUUGUCAAGAUGUAUUUUCACAAAUGAACUCGCUAGCUCUACCUAAACUCAGUAUUAGAGAAAUUACAGUAAUGUUUAGUCCACCGAAUAUAAAGGCCACGUGUCGUGUAUAAUUCGGUGGGCUACGCCAGUGGUGCUAAAAUUUUCGUUUCCCUGCGCCUAUGCCACACUACGUUUUUGUCAAAUUCUAAACAUGUACAAUUCGAAAUAGCGAAUACACCAAUAAAAUAAGGGUUGGAUAAAAAAUAAAUAUAACGUGUAUGUAGGUCACUGAGCGCCAUCUGGAACUGCAAACAGCAAUUGCUUAGUGGGUUACUGUUUGCACCACUACCGAAAGUUGUCACAUUGGUUUAAAAGUGUAAAUAAAAUAAUGAAUUUUUAAAAAUAUUUCGCAAUGCCCCGAUGAAGAAGCCACAGCCACCGGAUAUAUACAACGGAUUUUGUUAAGUUUAUUGGGGGGGGGGGGCUGCUGGUGUUUUAAAGCUCACUGUACCGUACACACAAAAAAAAGGGGGGUGGGGUCCCAUUUUGUUACCGGGUAAUUCAUUCUUAUUUUAAUACUUUUUAUUUUAUGGUUAUAGUAGGCCUAUAUGCUUACUGCGAAAUAUUGUAAUAUUUUUUUAUAGCAAUAAUAAUAAUAAUAAAAGGCCUAAUUAGAAUUCACAGAUUUUCAGAUGACGGUUGACUCUAUAAGAGACAGGAUAAUUAUUGUAUGCAUAAAUGUAGGUGCAGUCUAUUGACCCCCCCCCCUCCCCUUGUCAUACACAUCCUCAGCGCGUACAUAAUGCGUAAUAGUUUGAUGUCCCUUUGUUUUACGUAAUAGUUUGAUGUCCCUUUGUUUUACGUAAUAGUUAGAUGGCCCUUUGUUUGACGUAAUAGUUAAAUGGCCCUUUGUGUGACGUAAUAGUUAAAUGGCCCUUUGUUUUGCGUAAUAGUUAGAUGGCCCUUUGUUUUACGUAAUAGUUAGAUGGCCCUUUGUUUUACGUAAUAGUUAGAUGGCCCUUUGUUUUACGUAAUAGUUAGAUGGCCCUUUGUUUGGCGUAAUAGUUAGAUGGCAGGGGUGGACUUCAAGCGGCCCUGGAAAAAAUCAAAGCGGCCCGGGAAAAAACCCAAAAAGCGGCCCUAUCUUCAUGACUUUUAUUUUUAUUAUAUCACCGGUCCUAGCGGCCCAUCGGGAAUCUUCCUGGUGUCCCGGCGGCCCAGUCCACCCCUAUUAGAUGGCCCUUUGUUUUACGUAACAGUUAGAUGGCCCUUUGUUUUACGUUGACAAGGUGCGGCUGGGGGGGCGGGUUAUAAAUAUUUUAUAAGACUUUUUAAUGUUUAUUUUGCGUACCAGGUAUGUUAUACAUAAAUGUCCCAUUUCCCAAACAGCUUUGGCGUUCGAAUUUGUCUACAUUGACGGGUGUGCACAUUGCCUGAUUUUAAUGUUACCAUUAAUGGAAUCAGCGAUCCUUUUUAUUUUCGGUCCCCUAGUUUAGUUUACUUAGUGAGUAUUUUACGAUAUGGCCUCAACACAAAGAAAGGCACGCGAAACCGAUGAUGAAGAAGAAACUUCUACCGAUAAACAUCAGCUUCAACAAAAGAUAAAGAAAGUUUAUAUUCUUGCUUCGAUAUAAGACACAAUUUACUGUGUUGAGGUUUUCAUAGAAGGGUCCAUCAUAUGCGCGCUGCACAUUCUGCAAGUCGGACUUUUCAGACAAAAUGAGUGGUGUGGAUUUAGGAGAUAGUGUGUAUGGCGCGGUUCUGAAUAUUAAAUAAAUCUAUACAUUCAACACCGUCAUCCACAUUUUCGUAAUGUCAGUUGGGGGGAGGGGGUGGAGGGGGGAGAGAGAGGAUGUUCCUCGGCAGAAAGUGCAUGCAGUAUUUAAAAAUACUCAAUAUUCAUCCCGAAAGUCUGAAAGUCCUAAAAUAGCACAUUAAGAUCUCGAAUGCUGUAAAAUACCAGACAAUGUUUAGUAGGAAUUACUGUCGCGAUGUUGUCAAGAUGUAUUUUCACAAAUGAACUCGCUAGCUCUACCUAAACUCAGUAUUAGAGAAAUUACAGUAAUGUUUAGUCCACCGAAUAUAAAGGCCACGUGUCGUGUAUAAUUCGGUGGGCUACGCCAGUGGUGCUAAAAUUUUCGUUUCCCUGCGCCUAUGCCACACUACGUUUUUGUCAAAUUCUAAACAUGUACAAUUCGAAAUAGCGAAUACACCAAUAAAAUAAGGGUUGGAUAAAAAAUAAAUAUAACGUGUAUGUAGGUCACUGAGCGCCAUCUGGAACUGCAAACAGCAAUUGCUUAGUGGGUUACUGUUUGCACCACUACCGAAAGUUGUCACAUUGGUUUAAAAGUGUAAAUAAAAUAAUGAAUUUUUAAAAAUAUUUCGCAAUGCCCCGAUGAAGAAGCCACAGCCACCGGAUAUAUACAACGGAUUUUGUUAAGUUUAUUGGGGGGGGGGGGGCUGCUGGUGUUUUAAAGCUCACUGUACCGUACACACAAAAAAAAGGGGGGUGGGGUCCCAUUUUGUUACCGGGUAAUUCAUUCUUAUUUUAAUACAUUUUAUUUUAUGGUUAUCGAAGUCAGGUUUGAACUUUCACCAGUGAUUUUAUUUUGACCAGUGACAGACUGGGAUAAUGUGAUCAGUACGUUAACCCAAAUAGUAAUUGAUAUGUAUUAGCAGAUACAUGUCUGCAAAACAAAGUGACCGCAGUUAACAGCUAACGUCAGUCAUCUACUGUUUACCUACAGUUCCAUAUUUUGACGCCAGCUUAACUCGAUUCCACUGAACACGCUAUAGGAGGAGUUAUUGCAUACAUUAAAUAUACUGUAUUUUUUAUUUAUUUACUAUCAAAAUACUGCAUUGUACGAUUUUGAGAUGAUGUUUUACGAUUUUAGGAGUUUGGGGGUAAACAGGUCUGGUAUAGAUUUAAUAUUUUUUGAAAUUUAUUCUGUACUUCUUAACUCAAAAGAUUAUUUACUGAUAUAAGCUAUUUCAUAUUAAAUUGAGCCACUUUUAUAAUAAAAUCAGAUAAUUUAAAAAACCAUCACAAUUUUUAUUUUAAAAAAUCAUUUAUAACAUUAGUUUGUGUUUUUCCUGAAAACCAAUAUUAAAAUCGGGAAUAAACAACAGAUAAUGGACUGCGUUAAAUAAAUAUAUUUUACUUUAAUUUUAUCAAUAUAAAUAAAUUUAAAGAUCAAUAAAAACAUAUUUUAUGAGAAAUGCUCAUUUUAACACUUUGGGUUUUCUAACAUAUAUGUUGAAAUUGUCUUCUCAUCCCACCAUGUAGAAUAAAUUCCUAUUUUUAUUACAGGAAGUUGGAAACAAGACCAAGGGGCACACAAGCGUGUCUGCCCUGCAGCAGAUCCAGCAGAAAUCAUCCCCCUUGUAUGUUUUUUGUCCAGGGGCCAGGGAGAGUCAGCAGAAGAUCCCCCUGUUUGAGAGCAAGACCUGUAAAGAUUUGAUGAAUGGCAACUUUGACAGGGUACGCAGAUUAUUUGUUAUAUAACAACUUUUACUUUUAGUUUAGUAUCAUAUUUAGUAGUUUUGAAUUACAUAUUCAAAUAGUUUCUUACUGGUUAUUUUCUUUGAAGUCCAGGUUUCACAGACUUAAAAAAUUAUGUCAAAAUUUUGUUCAGAUCUGCAACCUGAUGCUGGCUCACCGCACAAGCCGAAGCAUCUACGUCCAGCAAACACUUCUGAGCUCACUGCCUCGUUUAGCUGCAUUCAACCCUCAGCUUUUCAUUAGAAUGUAAGUAUAGAAAGUUUGGUCGGGCUAAUUUUGAACAGAGGAAAAAAAUCCUCUUUACUCUUAGUUGGUUGAUGAAAUCACUUUUGUACUUCCAAGAAGUGAAGAGUCAUUUAAAUUCUUGUAGAAGGAUUUUCUUUCUCAUGCUUUUGCGUGUUUGUUUCAUGGAAAUGACUUGAACGUCAGGGGCCUUGGGUGAAUGGACUAAACUAUUAAACAUAAGGGGCCUUGGGUGAAUGGACUAAACUAUUCAACAUAAGGGGCCAUGGGUGAAUGGACUAAACUAUUCAACAUAAGGGGCCUUGGGUGAAUGGACAUAUGGGAACUUGGGUGAAUGAUCAAAAUAUGAAACUUGAUUAAAUUUCGACUCUGAUUGGAAUAAAGGGAGAAACACAUAAAUUAAUGCUGCCAAAGAAUUUAUUGUGGAGCACUUGUAGAUAACCAUUUGCUGUUUACUGUUACCAGAUUUCUAGUGAUGAAGCCAUCUUGAAACUAAUAGAUCAGUCGCGGUAAUGUUGGUAACCAGCCUGACUAUUGGCUAAUUUUUUUUUUUCUGGGCUGUGAUUCUUAAGUGCAGAAAACAAAAUAAAUUCUCAAUCUAAGAUUUACUCUCUACAACAUUUGGUCAGUGCUCUGUAAACUUUCAGUGGAGGCAAGUAACCAAACAAAUUAUUCCGUUCUGGAAAAAAACCAACAGAAAAUGGGAUUGGGAAACAAGUGUUUGAUUUUGAAACCUAAAUUCCCAACUCACAGCAUGCUCAAAACACUAAUUUACCAUUUUCAUUUAGGAAAUUUACUUAGCAUAAGAUAAAUAGUUUCUUCUUGAGAGUGAAAAAAGUAUAGCUUCACCUGUUGCGCAUAACCGGAGAUUUUCAUUUGGAAUGGCCAUUAAAAAAAAUUAAGAAAUAAACUAAAAAAUGUACAUUAACUAUUUGUGUGAACUUCCUGUUCAUUUCUCGUUUGCCAAUGGAUUGUUCAUCCAGCUGAGUUAAAUUCUUGUCAGUUACUCCAGUUAUUUUUUUUUACUGACAAUGUAUGCUCACAGUUCCUGUGAUAACUUUACUGACACUGUAUGCUCACAGUUCCUGUGAUAACUUUACUGACAAUGUAUGCUCACAGUUCCUGUGAUAACUUUACUGACAAUGUAUGCUCACAGUUCCUGUGAUAACUUUACAGACAAUGUAUGCUCACAGUUGCUGUGAUAACUUAAGUGACAAUGUAUGCUCACAGUUCCUGUAAUAACUUUACUGACAAUGUAUGCUGACAGUUACUGUGAUAACUUAACUGACAAUGUAUGCUCACAGUUGCUGUGAUAACUUAACUGACAAUGUAUGCUCACAGCUACUGUGAUAACUUAACUGACAAUAUAUGCUCACAGUUACUGUGAUAACUUUACUGACAAUGUAUGCUCACAGUUACUGUGAUAACUUUACUGACAAUGUAUGAUCACAGUUACUGUCAUGACUUUACUGACAAUGACAUGCUACAGUGACCUGCCACAAUGUCAGAUAUUUUAUUUAUAUUUCCUUUCUUAAUGAAGUACAUUAGUGACCUUCUUAAGAAAUUUGCAGUGACGACCAUAAUCUAGCUAAUGGUGACCUACAUAAACAAAGUGGCCAGUUUAAUCCACUGAUUGCUUGGCUGUUGGAAUUAAUGGGAAUUUAAGUACAUACACAUUCAAACACAGAUAUGAGGUUUACAGUAGGUUGAGGAACAUACGUUUAUGUUAAAGUUUAUAUAUAAUAUUUAUUUGUAUACCUAUGACUUUAUCAAGUGUAUUCAAUUUUGCCCCGAAUAUGAAGCAAAACCAAACGUGGUGUGAUAAGGUUCAGAGUUGUAAUUUUAACUGUCUACCUUUAGGAGGUCAUCUAGUGCUAGGCGAGAUAACCGGUAUGUAUGUACUUACCUAACUCAUUCUGCUUGCAGAGCAAUCUUGAUUAUCUUCAUUUAAUUUUUUCUCCUCCUUUUUUCUAAAUGAAUAAAUGUCAUUGCUGUUAAUAUUAUUUCCCCCCGAACCGUUCCUCCAGCCCCCCCCCCCGCCAAGUCUGUGGCAUACAUGCUUGAUGUUUAAAAUGAUGCUUUUGUUUUAUAAUUUUUUGUUUGUUUCAAAGUCCAGCAAUGGCGGCUCAAACUAAUUAAAAUAUACUGGUUGCUUGUUCUAAUGACAUUACAGCAGAUUUUAGUCUGAAUUAAUGCUUCUGGCUGUGACGUCAUAGUAUGUCUGCACCAGCAAUGAACUUUAAUUACAACUCUGCAUCUCUAUAUGUAGAAUAGAAUUUUUCAAAAAUAACAUUGCAACCACACAUUAUACGUUUCUCACAACACUCCACCCCUCUUUCCCCUUGUUGACUGAGUUCACAUUUUUCCAUUAUAUUGAAUGAGAUAGUAUUUCCUUUCUGCUUAUGGGCCACAAAGUCAAAAUUGAAAUAAAUAUUUUUAAUAGGAGAUUAAAAAAACAAAACAAAAACUCAUCACCGGGUUACAGUUCCUGUACAGUGAUUGUUGAAAGCUUUGAACAAAAAUGUUCUCAAAUGUGUGCACGGGCAUCCUUAUUCCCUUCAAAACACAUUUUUUCUACUGCAAUACAAAAGAAAAUGCUUGUCGAGCUAAUCACCCAAAAUUGUUUUCUUUUCAAAGGCAUGUUAUUGGCUAAGUUUUACUGUAUUCAUUUUCACAUUCUCUCCUCAUUUUGCAUACAGAGAUGUUUACAGUAUUCACUGAUGUCCUUUUGUUUGCAAGUUUAAAUAUUUGAGUGUUUUUUCUGUGGUGUCAUGUUUGAUAUUUAAAAGCUGUCUGAUAAAUCUUUGUAUGGGGUUUAAAUGUCUGUGCUUUCUUCAUAAAUUUUCAAAAAAAUUAUUAGGUGAUUGCUAGAGUGAAACAAAUAGUUUAGAUCUUGUUUCUCUCUUUGAUUGUGUAUAAAUCAUUCUACGAAAACCCUACUAAGUGUCAAGGGCUUUCUGAAAGUUCAUUGGAAAACUUUCCGAAUUGAGUGUCUCAUGCAUUGCUUGUCAGAAUUACAUACAAAGGGUCAUGAAGAAUAAUUUUUUAAAAAUACUAUGCCAUCUGUGACUAUAUACCAUCAUGGAAUAUUCUCUAAACAAUAUAAAAUAUUAUUACUAUUAUUAUUAUUAUUAAAUUUUUUUUUGUUUUUGGGAUAAUUCUUUUUGAGUCUCAAAAUGUUAAACGUCAUGACUUUGAUUGAAAAUCCCUCUUGACUUUUCAUUUAACUGAACCGAAUCAUUUAUGUUGUGGUCAUCUUAGUCUGCUGUGCCUUCCUCUGACAAGACUAAGAAAUUCUUCACCAUGAUCUAUUUACAUGACCCUUAUCUUUAGUGGAUCUGUCUCAGCAACAUCAUCCUCUACUCUAAACUUCAGUAUCAUAAACUGAGCUUACUUAAGGUAAACUUACUUAACUAACUCAGUACCAUAAAUUUAAAAGAUUCUUGACCAGGGGUAGACAAAUAUAAGGCACCCAAUCACCAUGGCGGCUUCAGAAAAUGUCUUUUCUCGACACUUGAUCCAGAUUUUCAUAGCCCAUAUUAAUAAAAUAAAACAUGGUCGAGAACUAUGUUUAUUUUUGUCUAUCCCCUGUCUUGUACUAUACACUUUUCCCUCGCAAGCAUCCCUGCUCAAGGUUUAGCGUUAUAACCUGUGCAGUGGUGCACAGGGAAAGGCUGGAUUUUAAAUUCUGAAGUGCACAAAGCUGACUCAUUUUUAUAUGAAAUAUAAGAACAAGGUAUGCUAAACUUGAAUUCAUAGACAGGACAAAAAAUUUAGACAUUUCGGCGUAGAGCCUUCAUCAGCAAACAGGAAUUCAAGUUUAGCAUACCUUGUUCUCAAAUUUCAUUUAAACAACUUGAAUGCAGUCCAUCAAUUAUUAUCUUUUAUGACUCAUUUUGAAAGUGAAAGCACAGUAAAUUACUACAGAGUUUUAUCUUCAGGAAACACAGAUACAUUGUUUACUAUAACUACGGUUAUAAUAUUUAGUUUUUUACCACAACUGCGGUUAGAAUUUUUAUACCAUAACUACAAUUAGAAUAUUUAGGUUUUUUUACCAUAACUACGCUUAUAUUAUAUAUAUUUUUUUUACCAUAACUACAGUUAGAAUAUUUAAUAUUUAGUUUUUUGUAAACUAUGACUUUGUUACAAUGAGCUAUAAUUAUUCAGAUGUUGGUAAAGUAAUUCCGUUGGCAUUCCAGUGAAAAAAAAUCAAUGGCACAUAUUUUCAGGGCUUCUUCUGAUUUUCCAGAAUGUUUAAAAACAAAUUCAUUAAGAAGCUUAACCGUCGCAACAUGCUAUCAAAAAUAUAAAAGUUUACAUUUUUUGUUGUUCUUUAAAUGUCAGUGUACGUUUUUAAGAAACAUUCACUAUUCAGGUUUGUAAUUAAGAAACCAUGGAAAAACAACAAAUAAAGUUUGUUAAAUAAAAUUUUUCUUAAUAUUUAAAAUACCAUCCAUCUUUUUACCCAUAUUAAUUUAAUAUUUGCACUGAUUUAACAUAAACAUGGAGCUUUAAUAAUGUAGUUACACGACCUAACAUAACAUUUUUCUGUAUAUGAAGUGGUCUAAGCAUUUGUAAAGUGAAUCCGUUUUUUUUAAUGUAUGCAUUGAUAACUUUAAAAUUUUCUUAAUAUGAUGGAGUUGAUAAUGAACAAUGUAAGUAAUAUUAUGGAUAUUUAUUUUUAAUUUAGGUCAAUCUGUUUGAAAAUGUUUGCUACAUAUCCCUUAACACAUCUCACACCUUUGUCUUGAAUCUUUAGGGUAGUAGUUCUGAACCCAUUUUCAAUCACUGUACCCCUUGACCUUGCGGCUGACACUUGUACAUUUUAAUAAUGUUCAGAACUCCCCUGCCUUAGAGUAAUUUCCCCCGCCUUAGAGUAAUCUCCCCCACCUUAGAGUAAUCUCCCCCGCCUUAGAGUAAUUUCCCCCACCUUAGAGUAAUCUCUCCCGCCUUAGAGUAAUCUACCCUUGACAGUUAGCUCAAGUGAGCUGCACCUUCCCAAAUACAUUCGUAAGUAUUGACACCAUCAAUGUUUAUUUUCAAUGACUUUUGAAAAGAACAAAUAAUUGAUUUAUACUAUUUUUCCAAUGCAAUACCAAGUGGAAUGUUUCUAACUAGAAUGCAAAUGUAUAUUUUAAAUGUAAAAAAAAAAUGUCUAUUAUAAUUAAAAAUGUUUCUUUUCUUUUUUUUUUGUUUUGUUCUCAGGCCGACCUCAGAGUAAUUAUACUAUUUUGAGAUUUUUUAAAUUUUUUGCUUCAAUUGCUAAAAAUUUCAGUUUUACCUCUGGCCACUAAUAUUAGUUGAUAAUUUCAUUUGCUCCAACCUUUCAAAUCUAGAGGGAUAAAAUUAUUGAACUGAACAAUAACAUAUACAUAUGAUAAUUUUAUAGAACUUAAUAACGCGACUGAUGACAAUUAGCGCUAAUUUUCAAAUCUUCCAGAGUGAUAAAAUUAUUGAACUGAACAAUACUAUUAUGAUAAGUUAAUAACUUGACUGAUGAUAAUUGGUGCUAAUAUUUCAAAUCUGCUCAAAUAAUCAAAUAAAUAAAUGAAGGGACUGCUUUCAAGCUAUGUAAAAGAAUGAAAUAGUGAAACGAGGUAUGUGGAAGCUUGAAAUAAGGUAACAGGACAAAAAACAAGGACGUUUCGGCAUAAAGCCUUCAUCAGCCAACAAUAGAAAUGAAAAUACAACAAAGAAAAGAACACAGUAGAAAACUCAAGCAGUAUUCAUUCGUCUCUCCGGAAGUGGGAAAACAGGAAGCGAGAGAAAAUAAAUAAAUAUUGGCACUGUGAAAAAUAAAGUCCACAAUAAUAAUGGGCCAGAAUAUCCAGGGAUACAUCAACAAACAGCAAUAAGAAAAUAGAUGAAAUAUAGGGAAACGGAGAAACAUCAGUAGGAUAUUAUUUGAUUAAUACCAUAUGGAGAUAUGGUGCCAAACAGCUGAAUAAAUUUAUUUUCCAUUUUAACCCUAUCUGGUGUGUUACUGCAUGAAAUCAAUGCCGUAAUGGUUACAUCCAAAGCACCUUUAUGUUCUUUUUGGUUGAAAUGAGAAGAGACCGGGGAAGGUUUACAUUGCUCAAUAUCCCUUAGAUGUUCAGUAAACCUAUCAGCCAAUCUUCUCCCAGUUUCCCCUAUGUAACUUGAUUGGCAUCUACGGCAAACAAUCGCAUAUAUUACAUUUCUGCUGACACAGGUGAAACCCUCUUUAAUGGUAAAAGUACCUUUAGGGAGGCCAAUGCUAUCAGUUUGGAGUGUAAAGGGACAAGUUCUGCAGCGGCCUCUUAAGCAUGGUUUAGUACCAACGUAAGACGGUUCAGAUCGAAGGCGACUAUGAACCAGAAGAUCACCUAGAUUUCUGUCCCGUCUAAAGACAAUCAGUGGAGGGGAUGAGAAAACCCUGUUGGUAUCAGGGUCAGCAAGAAGUAUGCUACGAUUUUUUUUUAAGCUUAUUUCAAGCUUCCACAUACCUCGUUUCACUAUUUCAUUCAAAUAAUCAAAACAGUCUGUAUUAACAAUAACAAUAGGUUAUGUGAAUUAUUUAUAAUAAUUUAGCCAUUUUUUUUUUUAAAGUAUGUGGAAAUCCCCCCCCCCCCCCUUUUUUUUGUUUAGCAAAACAAAACAUUAAUGAAUAGGCUUUGCAUUCUAGAUGAGUCUUCCUAAUGGGGACAUUAUGUGUAGCACAAACUGUAUCCUUCUAAAUCUUUUGAUUCUUCUUUGCAUUCACGUUUUCAAGUUGUAGUUCUUUGACAAUAACAGUUGUAACAAAUAAUUGAUAAUUUAGACUUACUAGAGGGUACAGCAGUUAAAUUAAACUUUUCAUAAUCUAAAAUUUGAGGAGCCCUCUGAACUGUUAAACUGAAAUUUGAUACUGUUAAUUUUAUUGGAACUUUUAAAUAUUUUUAUACUCUAGAUUAAUUUGAUGUCUUUGCACAGUUAAGCUAUUCAAUUUAUUGGGUGUGUCCUGGGAUACGUUUAAGAACAACUGUGCACAUUACAAUAUAUUGUAGAACGUAUUUUUAGAAAUGAAAUAACAGUUGCUCUACAAUUGUAGGCUGUCAUGUAGAGCAAAGUUGAAGCUUGAAUUUUUUAACUGCAGUUUUGUUCUUGUAGAGGUGUCAAUAAUACUUAAUAAACUUAUGAUUUUUUAAAAUUCUCUAACAAUUGCAUCAAAUGAUAAUAUAUACUAAAAUAUUGAUCUGCUUUGAACUAUUGAAUGAUUUUAUGAUAGUUCUUCAUUUAUAUCCACUAAAGGUCUUAUUAUACCCACAAAAGUUCUUCAUUAUAUCCGCAAAAGGUGCCAUUAGUCAUCAGUGAUUAAAAACAAAGAUCUAUAAGUCAUUUUCUAAUUUUGUUGUUUUUUUGAAUGGGUUUGGUAGGGAUAGGGCUAAACAUUCCCACCCCCUCCCCCAACCACCACCAAAAUUUUAAAGGUACAUGAAACUAAGCUCAGCAGGGUCACCAUCUUCUAGGGUAUAAUGUAGCAGUGUUAUAUUAAAACUGAGAUAGGUAAGGGAACCCAUCUUCUCAGGUAUAACAUAGCUAUUGGCAGUGUUGUAUGAAGAUUUGGUAUGAAGAAAAUGAACUCCUUGGGAUCAGGAAGGGCUCAGCUAAGCUUUAGAAAUGUUUUGGCUAUAGAAACCAAGAAAAGCUCAAAACUGCUGUUCACAACAUUGUUUUAUGUUAGUGGGUGAACUUGAACUUAACCAGUAGAGCUGCCAUUGGCUAGUGGGUGAACUUGAACUUAUGCAGUAGAGCUACCAUUGGGUAGUGGGUGAACUUGAACUUGUGCAGUAGAGCUGCUAUUGGCUGAUGCUGUGAGUGCACACAGCUGCUUCUUUAGAAUUUCAUUCUGCUGUAGGGUGUCAUAAAGAUGCUAGUAUUGCAUGUAACACAAAAUAAUUGUAUUCCAGUGAUGAGUUAAAAAAAGGGUUUACUGUAUUGUUGGGAAGAUUUGUGCUGAAAAGCAGGGUAUUGGGUGGUAGUGUGGUGGAGGAGCUGUAAAAACUAAAAUUAAAUGAUCAAAUCCAGGUUGAUUUCUUUGUAUUAAGUUUUCAGUCCUUUUUUUUUUUUGCUCACAUUUUUUUAAAGCAAUAAAUUAGAUAAAUUUUUGAUUGAACAUUUUAUCUGUUAAAUGACCGUGACCUGUUUUGAGGAUAAUGCUGGAAUGGAACUUGUCAGCUGGAAACAUUUUUUUCCCUUAGGAUUUGACUUGCCUUGAAGAUCUUUUUUGAUGAGCUGGGAUUAUGAUUUUAUGACCGGUUGAAAGUGUGUGUAACAAUUAGGGCUAUUUACACUAUUUUAUCAAUUAUUAUAUUUUAUCAGUUAUUAUAUUUUAUCAGCUCUUAUAUUUUAUCAUCAAGGCUGUAAUUUAAAAAAAGCUGAAUUGUUAGCUAUAUUUAAAAGGAAAGAAAGGGAAAAGGGAACCAGUUUUUAAGUAGCGGCAACAUUUUUAUUUGUUCCUCUAAUCAUUGGAAUUCGGUGAAGCUUCUCAAUGAAGUCAUGGCAAGUCUGUUUGUGUCGACUGUGAUGUGAAAGCUUUGCUGCGUGUAGAUGAGUGAAUCGGUUCAGAUUAUCAAAGAUGUCAUAUGACCUUGAUAAAGAUAAUCGGGACAAUUUUUAAUUCAGAGAGUAUUGUUAGCUGGCUGGAUUAACCAGGGCACUAACCAUUAGACGGAGACGGACACACUUCCAUGUCAUGAGAUGCUGAAGGAAUGCAUUUUUGCAUUUAUUUUGUUUUAUUUAAAGGAUAAAUGUUGCUUAGGAAAUUAAUUUCAAGGGAGGACCUCAUGUAAUAAAACUUAUCCAGGGAGACAAUCCUCUAAUAAUGUUUGAUAUCAAAUAACACAUAUCCAGGGAGCAGUGGCGUAGGAAGGAGGUGCAGGUGGGGGGCACUUUUUUCUUUAUUUACAGGGGCGGAAUUUUUGGCCAUCUGCAGUUUUUUUCCUUGAAAGGUGGCUGCAAAUUUUUUAACAACACCUCCCCCCCCCCCCACCCUGGGCAACAGUACCUUAGUUACGUCAAAGGGGGUGCAGGUGGGGGGCACUUUUUUCUUUAUUUACAGGGGCGGAAUUUUUGGCCAACUGCAGUUUUUUUCCUUGAAAGGUGGCUUCAAAUUUUUUAACAACACCUCCCCCCCCCCACCCUGGGCAACAGUACCUUAGUUACGUCACUGCCCCUACAGUUAUAAUUUUGGACUCAAAUAACACUUAUCCAGGGAGACCAUCCAACUAACGGUCACAAUAUUUGAUGUUUAAAGAAUCUGCUCAAACAAAGUGAAUUUGAGCACAUCAUUUGAAGGGAUUCCUUUAACGAUUGAAAAACUAAUAUUUUACUCUCAGCUGUUUUUGCAACUCUUGCGGUACAUGGUGUGCUUGUGUUGCUGUUGAGGCUUAGAUUAAAUGAACUAUUCCUCUUCUCUAGCUGGCUUGGCUUUCUUUAUUUAAUAUCCAUUCACAGAUGUUAGGAAUGAUUGGUUUAAAAUUUCAAUUUAUUUAUUUAUGGCUAAAUACAGUGUGCAGUGGCAUAAAUGUCUUUAUUAUAGAUGCUUACAUAGAUGUUUAUUAUAGAAUUUCUAUGAUAGAUGUCAGUUAUUUUUGUGUGUAAAAAAAAUGUUUGAAAUCUUACUUAACAUUUACAGAACCAGUUAUGUCUGAUGUGUAAACAAAUUUUUAAUGUGUGCUUUGAAAAUGUAACCCCCUCUUUGCUGAACCAACUCUUUCAAGUUUUCAAAGCCCUUUUCAGAACGUGGGAUGACAAAGAAAAGUUAAAUAUGCAAUGAUAAAUAUUACUUUAUUAACAACUUUCACUAUUGACUAACAUAUGACAUUAAUAUUUCCCUUCAAAUUAUGCAUAAUUGUAAUAUGAAUAUGUUUUGUGAAAAGUGCACCCAAAAAAAAACAAUAGAAAAAAACAACAAUUCUCUCUAAUUUUUCUCUAGCUUCCUCCAAGACACCAUUAAUUUUCUGUUGGGUAUUCUGAAGAGAGAACGGGACAGAGGCUCUCAGGCUUUCCUGGCCAUUGGUUUCCUGGCCAUCGCAGUUCAGGGUGAGAUCCUUUCCUACAUGAGUCGCAUCAUGGACAUCAUACGGGCAUCCUUGCCGCCACGGGACCAUGCCACCAGGUAAUGCUUACCCCCAUUACUAUUGCACACCUGUUUACCCCCCCUGGUUAGUGCCAGAGUAGUUUUCAGCUCUCAGACAUGCAGUUUCAAGCCCCAAAGAGUAGUUUGGUCAAUUAACGUGUGGGUGUGUGUGUGGGUGGGGGGGGUGUUUACAAUCAAAAUACAAGUUGUUUGAAGAAAUCCACUCAGCUGCUUUGCUGCUUAUAUAAGUUAACAUAAAGAAAUAUACAAUUUAUGGUUGUCCGAUGUGUUGAAGGAUGUCAUUCCUAUUCCAUUGCUUAAGGUGUUAACACAAAAAGUGCUGCAACUUUUUACUGAAAACACCCAAACUAUUUAUUUUUAAUUAAAAAUAAACCAAAGAAACGAGAAAACUCCAAAAAACAUAGUUUUUUUAGGCUCGUUAUAGUGCAGGAGUUUUAGGCUUAAUAAUGUAGUUACUCCUGCGAAAGCUUAGGGGGUAAACGGGUCUGCUAUUGUUGGAACAUGAUUAUUCAAUUUUAAUUUAACCAAACUGGCUGUUUCCUAAUCAGCCAAUUGGGUAUUUAGAUUAUAUUACAAAUAAUUAUAAAUGUUUGAAAGAAUGUAUGGUUCAAUAAUGAGUGCAAUAGGGCGCAAAAUAUAAUUCCCGAUAACUAGGCUAAAUGAUAUUUAAAAAAAAUAAAACGCAACUGCGUUUGGCGCAUAAUAUUUUGUUUUUGGAAGAUGAAAUCCUCUCAAUUUAAGUAUGGUGUAUAAAUGUUCUGUUUAAAAGUGGUUGGGACAACAGAAUAUUUAAUAUAGUUCAUGGGCAUGAAAUGAAAAGUGUGCAGUGACGUAUCAUGUGGGGGAAUGGGUGCAGCAAAAAAUUGGGAUUCUUAAUUGUGCGUUACUUGAGUUCAUGUUUUGUCUAGUGACUUUAGUAGAUGGGAAGUUUAGGCAAUGCUGUCGCCAAUGUUUGGUGGGCUAUAUCUAGUUUCUUAUAAAAAAUGUUGGGUAGGUUAAGAACCAUGGUUACAGUCUUGAUCUAAAAGGCAUCUAAUCUAAAAGGCAUCAAAUCUAAAAGGCACCUAAUCUCUGAUGAAAAAACAGGAUUAAUUUAUUCUCCUAGGAUUUUUUUCAAGCAUCCAUUUCCAUUCAAUUACUUUUACAAUUCCUUCAGGUAUCCAAGACUCAAAGUUGUACCCAACAAGAGUUUUUGUCCAAAACUUUUGUAUUUCAUAUGUGUGUCAGUAAAACAGAAGGCUCAGUGGAAAGAGCUAUUUAAAAGAGAAAGCAUAUUGUAAAGAGUUAUUUAAAACAGAAGGCUCAUUGGAGAGUGUUAUUUAAAACAGAAGGUUCAUUGGAAAGAUUUGUUCAAAAGGAAGACAUGUUUAAAAAAAACCCCACCAUUUUUGUGUCUUUCAGGAAAAGCCGUCACUUUGUCGUGGAUCCAGCUGUGUUUACCUGCAUCAGCAUGUUGGCCCGGGCCAUGGGCCCCCAGAUGACAAAUGAUGUGAAAGAACUGCUGGACAACAUGCUGGCCACAGGUCUCAGGUCAGUUGAAUCAAGGGGAGAAUCAUAUGUUAGACCAGUGUGUUUGAUUGAGGAAAUCAGAAUAAAAUAAUUAAUAAAAAAAUCUUCAUUAAUGAACCUUUCUUUUUCUCUUGGUGUGAAAUAGUCUUUGUGAGAUAAGUUGAUUAUGCAUGAACUGAGACAUCUAGCAGCAUGGCUGUUUGAUAGGGAUGUUCAGUUGGAUGACACGCACUUAAUUGUUCUACACAGCAAUGAAGGUGGUAGUUUGAUAAAGGUAGUUUUGUUCUUUUAGUAGAUUAGUUUGUUAUUUUUAACUGUUCCCAGCCCGGCACUGACGGCUGCCAUGAGGGAGCUGGCCACUCAGAUACCACAGCUCAAGAAGGACAUUCAGGACGGCCUGCUCAAAACACUCUCACAAAUUUUGAUGGGGCAGACCCUGAGGCACCCUGGAGCCCAACCGGUCCCACCCCCACCAAUGUCAGGUAGGUGGUAUAUCUCUUUGGUCCGCCCCCCCCCCUCUCCCAGGCAGCAGNCAAGUAGGUGGUAUAUCUCUUUGGUCCCCCCACCAAUGUCAAGUAGGUGGUAUAUCUCUUUGGUCCCCCCACCAAUGUCAAGUAGGUGGUAUAUCUCUUUGGUCCCCCCACCAAUGUCAAGUAGGUGGUAUAUCUCUUUGGUCCCCCCACCAAUGUCAAGUAGGUGGUAUAUCUCUUUGGUCUGUCCCACUCCCUAUUGCAGGCAGCUAGUGGUCUACAAAGUGGUGCAUAGUAAAUUUCUCAACUGUUCAUAUUGGUUUAUAUCUAUUAGGAAUACACAUUCAAUAGCAGGACUAUAAAUUUGAUAGUAGGACUACACAUUCCAUAAUAGGACUACACAUUCAAUAGAAGGAUGACCUACUCAAUAUUUUUGGACUAGAGGCGUUUAACUGUCUUGGUGUCAAAAUGUGAUAAAUAUUAUAGACUCACCCCCCUUGUCUGUCACACAUUUAAUUCUUUGCCCUACACAGAGGUAAACUGGUAGUGACCUUUACAAAUGAAAUUUGUACACCAAUGAAGUGCAUUGUUCCACAUCUUGUAUAGGCUUGUCUAUGAAUUGUUGGUUUUGUUUAUUUAUAUUUCACCAUCUUAUUACACUGAUCCAUGUUUUAAACAUUCAUCCACCCACCAGCACCACCUGUGAACGACACCAGUGACGUGACCAACGUGACCCUUGCCCUGAGGACGCUGGGCAGUUUUGACUUUGAGGGCCACUCCCUGACCCAGUUUGUGCGCCACUGCGCCGAGCACUACCUGGGCAGCGAGCACAAGGAGAUCAGGAUGGAGGCGGUGACCACCUGCGCCCAGCUGCUGUCCCCUCUCCUGCAGGUCUCUGAUUGUCCAACUGAACCUAACCCUCUGUUUAGUUUAGUAAUCUGUGAAGUGCCAGUUCACAGCAUUGUUAAAUAUAAUCCCAUACAACAGAAACACUGGCAUGGGGGCACAAACAGGUUUAGGAUAUAGAAAAACUGACAUAAAAUUUGAGGUUACUGGAAAUUUGAUCGAAAGAAAUUUCGUCGACGGUAAAUUGAUAAACGGAAAUUCGGUCUAAUCUUUUUUUCAGUUCACACGUUAAAAUUGUCGUCAAAUUUCUUUUUGAACGAACGAAGUAUAUAGUAAAACAAAAUAAUGCGUUCAAAAAGAAAUUUGAAGCAAAAUUUUCACGUAAGAAACUGAAAAAAAUAAUCGACCAAAUUUCUGUUCCAUCAAAAUACCGUCGAUCAGUUUACUGUCACCCAAAUUCCUUUCGAUCAAAUUUCCGGAUACGAAAAUUUGCCAAUCCUCAAAAGAGUAAUUAAAAUGUACCAUCAUCAAAAUAUUUAGAUGGCACAUGUGAAUCAGUAAUUCCCAAAGUGGGCAAUACUGCCUCUUGGGGGUCACUGGAACGAUCCAGGAGGGCGAUAGUAGCCUAGGGUGCAUUUGAGGGAUUUUAAUAAAAAUAAGGUGUUGGUGAAAGCAUGAAGCAGGAAGUGAAGAUUUAAGAUGAAUUAUAAAAACUGUCCAUAAACAUUUCAUCUGUUGUGUAGCAUAUAGAUUCUAAAUAAAAAAAUAUAUUUAUUAGUCUUGUAAAUAAUAUUUGUAAAAUGUUCAGUCAGGCGGGGGUGCUGGACAUGAGGUUUUUCCUCCAAGGGGGCGGUGGGCAAAAAAAGUUUGAGAACCUCUGAUGUGAAUUAAAAGUUUUGUAGCAAAUGAGGUCACUCAUAAAUUCCAUUAUAACUCCACAAUAAGCCUUUAGCUGUUAAUUUAAAUUUUAAAAAAAUAAUAAAAAAUUCCAUGAUUUAAAUUAAAGCCCAGGUAUGAAAUUGAAUGCUGAGUAAAAAAGUUGACAGUUCAGCACAUACAAAAACAACUGUGGAACAAAGUCGAAGUCUGAAAAUUCUUUUAUCUCCUUAAAGUGUGCAAACUUCAGGAUUUAUCAUAUAAAAGGUUUGCAACAAAAAGACUCUUAGGUUCUUUUGGGCCAAUCACAGAGGUCAUUCAUUGGCAGAGCUGUAUUCCUGUUGAACUGUCAACAAAAUUAAUGUAGUAUUGAGAACAACUCGUGAUGCUUGUUCUUUUUAAAGGACUUUGAGUAUGGCUUCUAUCUCCAGUUGCUGUCCAGACAGCAGGGCCAUGUCAGCAUGACAGCCAUGACAACAGUGGCAGAGGUUCUCAACAAGCUGUUGGUGGUCGGCAUCACAGACUCAGGUAUGGUGUGACAGUGACACACACUUGCCUGUGGUGUCAGGUAUCAAGUGUGUGGUAUGCGUGCUGUCUUUUGUAGUUUUUGUCAGUAUCUUAGUGUCGUCAGCUAAUUGUCUAUGUGCCGUAUAUUAGUCCUAUGUGUCAUUUUCUAAUUACAUGUGUGCUAAGUCUUAGUCCUGUGUCAUCAGCUGUGUAUGUACUGAAUCUUAUUCCUAUGUGUCAUUAGCUAAUAACACAUGUGUGCUAUGUCUUAGUCCUGUGUCAUCAGCUGUGUAUGUACUGAAUCUUAUUCCUAUGUGUCAUUAGCUAAUAACACAUGUGUGCUAUGUCUUAGUCCUGUGUCAUCAGCUGUGUAUGUACUGAAUCUUAUUCCUAUGUGUCAUUAGCUAAUUAUUACAUAUCAUCUUUUUCAAAUGCCUUGUUUACCGUCCUUUGAAACCACACCAUGGUAUCAGACCUGUUUACUCUUGCGAUUUUGGAGUACACUGUACGAUUUUGAGGUGUAUACACUAUAUAUAUUAUUAUACUGUAUGUUUAUUUUUUUUUACUUUUAAGAUAAUGUAUUGAAUGAUUUUGUGAUGAUGUAUGAUUGUAAGAGUUUGAGGGUAAACAGGUCUGUGGUAAUAUACUGUCAAAUGUCUUAGCCAUUAUUGAAUCAUGUAUGUAGCCACUGUUGAAUCGUGUAUGUAGUCACUGUUGAAUCAUGUAUGUAGCCACUGAUGAAUCAUGUAUAUAGCCAUGGUGGAAGUCUAGAUCAAUUAAAUUGUCCUAUCAUCGCCAAACAUGUCUACCACAAAAAAUUAUCACAAGACGUCACCGCAGCCUCACUUACUGUUCCAGACCCUGACAUCAGGUACAAUGUCCUGACCUCACUUGAUGAGCGGUUUGACCCGCACCUUGCCCAAGCCGAAAACCUGAGUGCCCUCUUCAUUGCCCUGAACGAUGAGGCCUUUGAGAUACGGGAGAGGGCCAUCUGUAUGAUCGGUCGGCUCAGCUCCAAGAAUCCAGCCUAUGUGAUGCCCUCCCUCAGGAAGGUACUCAUUCAGGUAAAAGACAAACCUUGUGGUAGAUGCACAGGCGUUACAGUAAGUGGCUCUCUAUUCUGUCUUAUGUCUUGUGAUUUUAGGUGUUAGCAAAGUACACCAAGUGGUUCUCAAACCUUUUGAACCUGACAGCUAUAAAAUACAUUUACCUGAAUGUGUUUAGUCUAGUGAGUCCCACCUGAAUUAGUUUAGCCUAGUGAGUCCCACUUGAAUGUGUUUAGUCUAGUGAGUCCCACCUUAAUAUUUGUACAGACCGGUUUUGUCUUGCAAUUUUGGCGUACAAUGUAAGACUUUUACGAUUUUACACCGAGACCCGUAGAACUACGAUUUAAAGAGACCGGCUUGAAAUUAUUUACAUUCGAUAGUUUUUUCUGCUUAUAAAAAUUAAAAUUAAUUAAAAAGUACAUCUUCAAUUAUUAGUUUAACUUAUGUUUGCAUUCUACAUCCAGCAGUGAAUGGAUGGAGAAAUACAAUUGGCAGGGGACCAUCUAUAAUUAUAUUGGCACUGAGAGGGGAAUGGAGUGUUGUUGAUUUAGGAUAUUUUGUGUUGUGGGGAGGGGGAGGGGGGGUCUAAAUAUGUAAGUAUCUAAAAUUAACACUGCCACAUUUUCGUAUGAUUUUGUGUGGGGGAGUGUGGUGAUCUGACUUAUGACUUAUUAGAGAGGAGUGUCUCUCGUAUGAGACCUCCUCUUGGCACUCUGUCUAGGGAUAUGUUAUUUAAGCCGAAUAACCACACGGACAUAACACCUAUCUAUAUACAUAUAGUAUAGACUGAAACGAAGUCCUAGUUAAAGGUGAAAUUAACUACAAAUAUUUAUUACACAAUAAUAUUUACAACUUCCUACGUGAAACACUCGUGGUGCUCAAUGUAUAUACAUCAAACGGAUUUCAUCCAAUUAGAAAGGUAUAUUAACACAAAGCAAGUGUCCCUAACAUACAGACGGUAUCAUCAUUACUAUUGCUAUAUUGCUCAAGUUCUAUGCUCGUUCUUGGUAAACUUAGCCUUUAUAGAUUCUGUGAUGGUCUCGGUGGAUCACACAGUGUGGGAGUCCUUCUGUUCAAGAAGCAGUGUCCCUGUUCCGGCCUUCGGUGCUGUUCUGAGCGUAGCGAAGUCGGAGUUCCCGGUCGUAGAGUCCUUGGGAUGUCUGCGAGGGGAAGAUGACUCUCCCGCGAUAAAUCGUGGUGGUGAGAGUCCCUGGAUCUCGAAGUCCUAGCUGUCAGGUAGUUUGGUGUAGGAUGUAGAUCAUCCCCUAGUUCCAGCUCGAGGUAAGUCGGUCCAGUAGUAGAAACCAGGCUAAAGGCAAAAUGAUACAAAAUUGGAUAAGUAUCCAGGCGAAUAUCCAUAAGCUGAUAAGUCCCGUUCCAACAGCAACGAAUUCAGAUCGAUGUAUGGAAGGUGACAUAGCUAGUGCAUAUACAUCCAAAUGGUGGAUGUGAUUAUAAGUCUUGUCAUUGUCGGCGGGAGCAUAUGUUGCAUCGCGACAAUGUUAGACCACUCAAACAUUUUAAUUAAUGACAUGUGGGACAUGGUAUCAAUAACAAUCUUUAAAUUUACAGGCCCAUAAUAUACAUAUUGUCUUCUCGUUAAGAGGGACAUGGGCGAGUUGGAACAACAACCUACCAUCCCCAUGAUGGGAUGGCGGCAUGUCGAAGCCCACAGCAAACACAAUAAUAUAAUCCAUAAUAUCAAUAUAAAGUGAAUAUAGGCAGUAUUAGAAUAGGGUCAAACACGAUCGAAUAUUUGAGACAUAGCGAAUGAACAAUACAAGUGCAAUACCAAAAUCAUGGUUGCGUACUUACUAGUACUCUAGGUAGCAGUUGAAGUUAAGUAUCAUGCCAGUGAAGUGCUAAGUCUAGUCACUUCAAGCGUCCACAAUCAAGUGAUCAGAUCUUAAAGUCAUGUACUUGCUAAUAUCCUAGGAUGCAGUUAUGUAUCAUGCUGACGAAGUUCUGAGUGCAGAUCCUUCCAGCAUUCACCGUCAAGUGAUCAGAUCAUAAAAGGCAGAAUCUUGCUUGUUCGGGCUAUUUAUUCGAGUUCGAUGACGAUUAGCUGAUGGUUCAAUUGGGUGAUUCACAUGAGGGGUCAAUUUUCUAUCCAAUGAAAAUCACUUUCACUUUUGCGUGUUUGACCUUCAACCCUCAAGGUUAAUCGGACUGAGGUGACCAUCCUUUUUCAGGCUUUGGCGUGAGUUCUCUGUCUAGACAAUGCAUUUCCAGCAAGGGACGAUACUCCGCCUUGCUGUCUACAGGGCAAAAAUGAGGGGGGGAAUGGUAUUAUUUCCUCAAGGUUGUUCGGUGGGAUGGUUGACCGCAAAUAGCAUGUUCGGGGGGGUGAGCGAACUGGUGCAGGAAUGUGAUAUCACAAGGGAACUCACUCGUGCUGAGCGGCGGCGGGGCUACUUGAGGGGAGGGAAAGGAGUUAUUAUACAAGGGUUUCCAAGGGCGGCUUUACGAUAUAAGAAAUUUUACAAAGUCCAGCCUCAGAUCGUCACAGGGAGGGGGAUGUCUCGGCUGAAAGUACAGAAGUUAUUAAAAAAUUCUAAAUUUUUCAUCAAUGGAAAAUCCAAACGUAGCAUAUUUAUGGCAAUGUUUUGUAGGAAUUAUUGCCAUAUAUUUUCACAAAUGCUGGUGAGAUACACUCAAGUACUCAGUACUAGAGGUAUUACAGUAAUAUUUAGUCCACUGUUUUCAACGUGCUUGGGACAUAUAUUUUGUUGGACUACGCCAAUGGUUCUAAAAUGUUAGUUCCUGGCAAACUUAUGUGUUCACCAGGCUCCUUGUGUUUUAUUCUAACAAGUGCACUUUGAAAUAGCGCACACAUAAACAAAAUAAAAUAAAGGGUUGGGUAAAAAUAAAUAUAACAGGUAUGUAGGUCACUAAGCGCCAUCUAGUAGCUGCACACUCAAGUGGGUUUCAACUUGCACCAUGCCUGAAAGAUGUCACAUUGGAUUUAAAGUGGAAAUAAAAUGAUGAAAAUUUUGUAAUUUUUUUACAACACUGUAAGGAGGCCGCAGUAACCAAUAUAGAAAAAUGCUGGAGGUUUACCUAAUUAUUAAUUAAUGUCUAUAGUGAAACAAGGUGACUGCUGAUUGCAAUAUAAACUUUGGUCAUCUACUUUUAGCAGUUACCUUUUUUGAUGUCAGGUUAUCUCGAUUCCACUAUACAGGCCAUGCGAAUAGUUAUUGUAUUAAUUAUAUAUGCUGUAUGUUUAACUAUUUACUAUUAAGGUACUAUAUUUUACCAUUUUUGAGAUGAUAUUUUACAAUUUUUGGAGUUCUAGGGUAUCAGGUUUUUGUUUAGCCUAGUGAGUCCCACCUGUAUAUGUUGUGCCAAGUUAGUCCCAUGUAAAUGUGUCCUCUACCAUUAUCUUGAAUGUUAAAACUGUUGCAACAUUCAGAUUCUGACAGAGCUGGAACACAGUGGGAUAGGAAGGAACAAGGAGCAGGCCGCCAGGAUGUUGGGUCAUUUGGUGUCUAACACUGCCAGGCUCAUCAAGCCUUAUAUGGUGCCUAUCAUGGGGGUGAGUGGUAGCUGUAUAUGGUGCCUAUCAUGGGGGUGAGUGGUAUCUGUAUAUGUUGCCUAUCAUGGGGUAAGUGGUGUCUAACAGCCAGGCGCUUCAAGCCCUAUAUGGUGCGAUUCGUGGGGGUAAGUGAUGUCUAACAGCCAGACGCUCCAAGCCCUAUAUGGUGCCUAUCAGGGGUAAGUGGUGUCUAACAGCCAGGCUCUUCUAGCCUUAUAUGGUGCUAUCAUGGGGGUAAGUGGUGUCUAACAGCCUGGCUCAUCAAGCCUUAUAUGGUGCCUAUCAUGGGGGUGAGUGGUAGCUGUAUAUGCUGCCUAUCAUGAGGGUAGAGUGGUGUCCGAAAGCAAGGCUCUUCAAGCCUUAUAUUAUAUGGUGCCUAUCAUGGGGGUGAGUGGUGUCUAACAGCCAGGCUCUUCAAGCCUUAUAUGGGACCUAUCAUGGGGGUAAGUGGUAGUUAGAUAUGGUGCCUAUCAUUGGGGUAAGUGGUAGUUGGAUAUGGUGCCUAUCCUUGGGGUAAGUGGUAGCUAAGAGGCCUGCCAUUGUGGUAAGUGGUAGUUACAUAUGAUGCCUAUCAUGGGGGCAUUUCCUAGUUAUAUAUGAUGCAUUUCAAGAGGAUAAGUGGUAGUUAUAUUAGAUGCCAAUCAUGGGGGGGUCAGUGGUAGUUAUAUCUGAUGCCUGUCAUGGGGGUAAGUGCUAGUUAGAUAUGGUGCCUAUCAUGGGAUAAGUGGUAGUUAUAUAUUAUGGUGUCUAUGAUGCGGACAAAUGGUUGUUAUCUGUAGUUCGGCUUUCAAACUUGAAAUUCUACCCUUCAUGAGAGCAUAUUGUUUUUUGUACUAGUCUGGCUUGUCAAAAGGAUUCUACUAAUAUUGUGUUUAAAUUACGACAUCAUUGCAGACUUUGAUUCCUAAACUCAAAGAAGCUGACCAAAACCCAGGGGUCAUCAUUAGUGUCCUACAGGCCAUUGGAGAACAAGCUCAGGUCAGUACAGGUCAAAAGUCUGUAGUAGUUUGUAGCUGACUUCAUAUUUCUUUUAUUGAUCCAAACAAAUGGAAAUAUUUUCAGCGCAAAAAUAAAUAGAUAUUUCCAUAACUAAAACAAUUUGAACACAAGACAUCCACAUUAAAUUAUUUCACUAGUGAAAAAAAAGCAGCCAUUCAGUUAACUCCCUUAGUCAUAACAGGGACUUAAUAGUUCUUAUUUAGAUUUGUGACUUCAGGGGGAGCACGCUGGAUAAUUCGUACAGAAAAAUGCAUUUUUAUGUCUUUCAGUCCUCGCCUUGAGAGAAAAAAUUCAUUCCAAAUGGGCCGAUCUUAAGUGUCUGUGAUGAAGAAGGUGGGAUGUAUCAUCCAAAAUUUGUUUACUUUUCAAUAACAUCUUUCUUCAAAUAGUUCUUCAAGUGAAGGAUGUUUAGUUUGUGUUGUUAUGUUCCUAGCAUUCUUGAUUUAGUCGGUUUAUUCAGUAUUUAAUAUCAGACAAUGAAUUCUCACACCAGCAGGCAAUACUGAAAUUAAGUAAGCUUCAAAUAGUUGCACUGUAGAAUAAGUUAACAACUUGUUCGUUUACACCGAAAUUGUGCAGUUUUUUAAGGUAGAAAAGUCUUAGGUUGAAUUUCUAAUACAGAAUUAGGUCGUGCUCGUGCCAUGUUAGCUUAUUAUUAAUGGUGACACCUAAGUACUUGUACGCCUCUACUUUCUCUACACUUUGAUUUUUUAUUUGAGAUCUGCAAUCUGGUGUUCCCCUUCUGCAAAUCAACAACCAUUUCCUUUGAGACAUUCAGCUGGAGAAAACUUUUAUCGCACCAAUUGAUAAAGCUUGUAACUAAGUUGCGGUAUAAGCCUACUCCUUCAGAUAUGAAGCCAACAAUGGUGGUAUUAUCAGCAAAUUUUAUGAUUCGAACGGUGUCGCUUGGGCCCUAAGCAUCAUGUAUAUUUAUUUUUUAACAGAGGCUCUCAACUGAUGACAUUAAAUCAUCCUGUUUCAUGAACAAAGGUUCUCAGUUCAUGAGAUCUCAAGUUAUUUGAAGAGAACCUGUUUUGAGAUUUUCUCCCCUGGAAGUUCUUUUUUUCCACUGUACCAUUAUAAUUGUACAAAUGUCAUCUACUUUGAAAAUUAAAUUUUUGGGAGAUAACCUCCUUAUUUAAUGUUAUCCCAAAUCUCAAGGUCAUAACUGCUUUCCUUCUUUCACCACCAGGUCAGUGGACCAGAUAUCAGCCAAUGGAUGGACCAACUUCUGCCCAUCAUCUUAGACAUGUUACAAGACUCAUCUUCGUUACAAAAAAGAGAGGUAAAAGCCAUUCUCACUACACAUCUUCUCAUCAUAGAAAUGCUAUAUCCAUGUGGAUUUUAAGGCCUUAUGGCAGGGGCGGCCAACCCAAAUGACUUUGCUGACCAUUUUGAUCAUGUGCCAACUCAUUCUGGACCGCAUGUUAUUAAUCUAAUAAAUAUACGCACAAAACAUGCAUAUUUAUUUAAUGCACAUAAUUCUCAAAUGACAAUACAUCCAUACGUGCCGCACAAAAAUAAAUUUAUUAGAUUUAACAAGAUAUAAACCAUUAAUUUUAAAAUUGCGGAAUUAUAACAAGAAUGAACAUAAAUGAAAAUGGAAUGAAGAAAUUUGUGAUACAUCUAGCAUUCCACGGGAGGGAGGGGGAGGGAGGGGGGAGGAGGGGGAGGGAGGGGGAGGGAGGGGGAGGGAGGGGGGAGGUGGGGUUGGAGGAAAAUUAUUGUGACGGAAUGCAUGCCUUAUGACAUGGAUGAUUUACUUUGCAUAUUGUCACUAAAAUGAUCCAUAUUAAAUUAUUAUGAAAAUUAUUGAAAGAUCAUGUUAGUUUUGUAAAAUGUGUAGUCGCCAGUCAUUAUGAUUUGUGUUUUUUACAGGUAGCCUUGUGGACGUUGGGCCAACUUGUGGAAAGCACGGGAUCUGUGGUGGAGCCCUACAGCAAGUACCCCAACUUGUUGGAUGUGCUGCUCAACUUUCUCAAGACAGAACAGUCCAUUACAAUCAGGAGGGAGGUCAGAACAGCAAAGCCAUUUCAGUGCAUGAUAACAUUGGGGUGGCAUUCUGAUAACAGAAUGUUGUCAGUUAUUUAAAGUAGAUUCUGUCACACUUUUGAAUCAGGACAAUGUUGAGCUGAUGCUGCUGUUUAAUACGGACAUCUGUUUAAUUGGGAUAUCUGUUUAAUUAGGGCAUCUGUUUAAUUGGGAUAUCUGUUUAAUCGGGACAUCUGUUUAAUUAGGGCAUCUGUUUAGUUAGGAAAUCUGUUUAAUAAGGGUAAUUGUUUAAUUAGGACAUCUGUUUAAUUAAGGCAGCUGUUUAAUUGGCACAUCUGCUUAAAUGGGGUAGCUGUUUAAUUGGGGUAUCUGUUUAAUUAAGGCAGCUGUUUAAUUGGCACAUCUGCUUAAAUGGGGUAGCUGUUUAAUUGGGGUAUCUGUUUAAUUUGUGCAUAUAUAUUUUUAAUUGGGGCAGCUGUUUAUUUGGGCAGCUGUUUAAUUGGGGCAGCUGUUCAUUUGGGAGAUCUGUAUAAGUAUAAUUGGGGCAGCUGUUUAUUUAAACAUUUUAAAACCCAUACAAGGUCAUAGUUUGACAUCUGCCAAGUUGCCAUUGAUUUCUGAGAGUGUUGACAUCUUGAGGCUCUAGUGUAAACUGGUCAGCAGAAUGCCAGACAUAAAUGUUCAAUAUUUUAAAGGUCAUUUUCUUUGAUUAAAUUUGUUCUUAAAUAUCAUCAACAUAAAUUCAAGAGGUAAAGAGUGCAAUGGGACUUAAACGAAAUUUAAAAAAAAAAAAAUAUGUUGAAAUGGUCUCCCCUUCCACUGUUUUACUGCUUGUGUGUCCACCUGGUCAACUUUCAACCUAACCAACCAGGUGAUUCGUGUGCUGGGCCUGCUCGGCGCCCUGGACCCUCACAAGCACAGGAUGAACCUGGGGGUCAUCAAGGACUCGGAGGCCGGGGUCAGCAAGUCUGAGCACAAGUUUGGUGGGCAGGACUCAACCACUGGAGGUCAGAACAAAUUAAUGGGAUAGAAGGUAGCUUUAGGAUUGUUGGUUGGAUUAUUAUUGAACAUGAUUUAUGCAAUCAAGCAAGGGAUGCCUCACAUUGAAUGGUAGAGCAGAAGGGGCUUUGAUUCUUCUAGCAAAAAAAGUUUCCAGGAGAAUGGUAUAGCUUUAUCAAUGUUAACAUUGGGCAUCUGAUAUGUAGAUGUUAACAUUGGGCAUCUGAUCCAUGGAGCUGUUAAACACUUGACCUCUGAUUCCAAUAGUAUGUUAACAUUUGACCUCCGACCCCCCCAGAUGUUAACACCAGUGAACUCAUGAGCACAUGCAGCAGCCUGGAAGAGUACUACCCGGCCAUCGCCAUCAACCUCCUGAUGAGGAUCAUCCGCGACCCCUCGCUGUCGCAGCACCACAACAUGGUGGUGCAGGCCAUCACCAUCAUCUUCAAAUCCCUCAACAUCAAGUGUGUGCCGUACAUCCAGACGGUCAUCCCGGCGUACCUGACCGUCUUCAGGACAGCAGAUCCAAGUUUCAGAGAGGUGAGUGCCUGUAAAUAAUCUGUUCAUUUAUAUUUUCAAGUUAAAAAGGAAAGUCAGCUUUGAGCGUGAGUGCUACCUUCAGUACAAUUAAGCAAAAUAAACUACAAAAAUGAAAAAAAAGGUUAAUGGUCUCAAUGAAGAAAACUUUUUUAUUAGAACAUUUUGCAGGAAAAAAAAAAAUUUGCUAGUAUGAUAAUACUUUUGCUUGAUAAUUACUGCAGAUUAUAUAAAUAUAUACUCUAUAAGAAUUUGGGUUUUAUAGUUAAAUUAAUUUUUUUUUUCAAAACAAUUAUUUCUUUAAGCUCUCUAGAGAUAUGUGUUUAUUUUACACAAAUGAAAAAUCUUUUUAUAAACAAAUAACAAGAGUCUAAUGUAGUGGCCAUGGAAAUAAAUUUAUGUUUUUUUUUGGUUUGUUUCAAAUUCUAUCCACUUUACCCAAACAAUUUGUUCACAUGUCUAAAUCAACCAUAGGCCAGCCAAGUCGAUCCUUUACUGUACAUAUUGUUUCCCAUUCCCCACAGUUUCUGUUCCAACAACUGGGUGUCAUCAUCGCCAUUGUCAAACAGCACAUCAAGAACUACCUGGAAGAUAUCUUCAACCUCAUCAAGGUAACCCAACUCUGUACAUCUUUAAUUGACACCUGAAGGAGUACGCAUCAAUUUAGAAUGGACAAACAUUGCAGAAAUAUUUAUUAGAAAUUUCUCUUGAAAAAAAAAAAUCUGAUGACAGAGAAAAUAACAGCAAUUUCUGGCUUGUUGGUCUUAUUUUUUUGUCUGGCAUUCUGCUUCAUGUGCAACAGAUUGAAGCUGUUGUCACCCGGUCUCCUUGGCAUUCUGCUUCUUGUGCAGCAGAUUGAAGCUGUUGUCACCCGGUCUCCUUGGCAUUCUGCUUCUUGUGCAGCAGAUUGAAGCUGUUGUCACCCGGUCUCCUUGGCAUUCUGCUUCUUGUGCAGCAGAUUGAAGCUGUUGUCACCCGGUCUCCUUGGCAUUCUGCUUCAUGUGCAGCAGAUUGAAGCUGUUGUCACCCGGUCUCCUUGGCAUUCUGCUUCUUGUGCAGCAAAUUGAAGCUGUUGUCACCCGGUCUCCUUGGCAUUCUGCUUCUUGUGCAGUAGAUUGAAGCUGUUGUCACCCGGUCUCCUUGGCAUUCUGCUUCAUGUGCAGCAGAUCGAAGCUGUUGUCACCCGGUCUCCUUGGCAUUCUGCUUCAUGUGCAGCAGAUUGAAGCUGUUGUCACCCGGUCUCCUUGGCAUUCUGCUUCUUGUGCAGCAGAUUGAAGCUGUUGUCACCCGGUCUCCUUGGCAUUCUGCUUCAUGUGCAGUAGAUUGAAGCUGUUGUCACCCGGUCUCCUUGGCAUUCUGCUUCAUGUGCAGCAGAUUGAAGCUGUUGUCACCCGGUCUCCUUGGCAUUCUGCUUCUUGUGCAGCAGAUCGAAGCUGUUGUCACCCGGUCUCCUUGGCAUUCUGCUUCUUGUGCAGUAGAUUGAAGCUGUUGUCACCCAGUCUCCUUGGCAUUCUGCUUCAUGUGCAGUAGAUUGAAGCUGUUGUCACCCGGUCUCCUUGGCAUUCUGCUUCAUGUGCAGCAGAUUGAAGCUGUUGUCACCCGGUCUCCUUGGCAUUCUGCUUCUUGUGCAGCAGAUCGAAGCUGUUGUCACCCGGUCUCCUUGGCAUUCUGCUUCAUGUGCAGCAGAUCGAAGCUGUUGUCACCCGGUCUCCUUGGCAUUCUGCUUCUUGUGCAGCAGAUUGAAGCUGUUGUCACCCGGUCUCCUUGGCAUUCUGCUUCAUGUGCAGCAGAUUGAAGCUGUUGUCACCCGGUCUCCUUGGCAUUCUGCUUCUUGUGCAGUAGAUUGAAGCUGUUGUCACCCGGUCUCCUUGGCAUUCUGCUUCAUGUGCAGCAGAUUGAAGCUGUUGUCACCCGGUCUCCUUGGCAUUCUGCUUCAUGUGCAGCAGAUUGAAGCUGUUGUCACCCGGUCUCCUUGGCAUUCUGCUUCAUGCGCAGCAGAUCGAAGCUGUUGUCACCCGGUCUCCUUGGCAUUCUGCUUCUUGUGCAGCAUAUUGAAGCUGUUGUCACCCGGUCUCCUUGGCAUUCUGCUUCUUGUGCAGCAGAUUGAAGCUGUUGUCACCCGGUCUCCUUCACUCAAUUAUGAAUUAUGAAUUCAGCUGGUCUUUGGGAUUUGAGUUUUAAAAUGUAGAAGUGUAGAGUAGGUCAUGGCACACACUAUCCUCGACAGUGAGUUAUCGCGGCACACUUUUAUACGAGUUACUUAUACCAGCCAUAUCACAAAGCCUGAGAAGUUUCACUUGACUUCCAGCUAAUCUUGCGCCACACCACUUGGCAGCAGCACAACCUUAGAGAGCCACUGGCGUGGUGGGAGGUUCUUUCAAGAUGUUAAAUAAGAAAUAAGUUCUUGAAAAUUUAUAGAAAACAUUUCUAAUAAAAUGAACAGGGUCCCUCCACCUGCACGUGUAUUAAUUGUUUCGGAUUGAAGUGUCAGUUAUUUACUGUCAUCUCAUUUAUCCAGGAGUACUGGACCAACUCGACCUCCAUGCAGAGUGCCAUCAUCAUGUUGAUUGAGCAGAUAGUCAAUGCCCUGGGCACAGAGUUCCGCAUCUAUCUGCCCCAGAUCAUUCCACAGAUCCUGCGGGUCUUCAUGCAGGACAGCAGCGAGAACAAGAUUGUCACUGCCAAGGUGAGUAACUCAUAGUCACUGCCAGGAUGGGUAACUCUUAGUCACUGUUACGAUGGGUAACUCAUACUCACUACCACAAUGGGUAACUCUUAGUCACUGUUAAGAUGGGUAACUCAUAGUCACUGCCAAGAUGGGCAACUCUUAGUCACUGUUAAGAUGGGUAACUCAUAGUCACUGUUAAGAUGGGUGACUCAUAGUCACUGCCAAGAUGGGUAACUCAAAGUCACUGCCAAGAUGGGUAACUCAUAGUCACUGCCAAGAUGGGUAACUCAUAGUCACUGCCAAGAUGGGUAACUCAUAGUCACGGCCAAAAUGGGUAACUCAUAGUCACUGCCAAGAUGGGUAACUCUUAGUCACUGUUAAGAUGGGUAACUCUUAGUCACUGUUAAGAUGGGUAACUCAUAGUCACUGUUAAGGUGGGUAACUCAUAGUCAAUGACUUGUCUGUGUCACUCCUGCCCAAAAAGCUGUCCCCACAAUUAGAUUAAAGAGGAAGCAACGAAAACACCGGAACCCUUGAAGGGAGGUUUUUCAAAAGAAUGUCAAAAAUUUGACAUUAACCUUAAGAUGAGACUGUCAAUGAGAGCAUGAGAUUGUGGAUGUGUGGUAAUCAAUUGUCGCCCAAUGCACUACUUAGUUCAGGAGCUACUAUGGCCAAGAAUAAUUCUUAUUGACUGUUAGCAUUUGCCAAGUAUAAAAUCUAAAGGAGCUUUUUACUCUCCGAUUACUUCAUUUUAAAAAUAAUUACAGGCUAGGCAACUCUUGGAACAAAAAGUUAUCUUCCCUUUAAAAAAAUAUCUGCUCUUCAAAUAAAUUGUCACGAACUGACCUACAGACUUAGUGUGGUUGACAUCUGUUCUUGAGGUUUUGGUUUUCAAUUAUUUUUUAAAAAUAGAAAACUUAACACCUCCCAGUGACCCUCAAGAUUUCCAUGUGAUAUUGGGGGGUACAUUUACUGAGUUGUUCUAUAAGAUCUCAUGUCUCUCUGUCACAGCUCCUGAAGGCCCUCGAGAUGUUUGAUGGUAACUUGGAUGAUUACCUCCACCUCCUCCUGCCCCCGGUGGUCAAGCUCUUUGACAAUGCAGAGAACCCUAUCCAUGUCAGAAGGUAGGAAGUCAGGACAAGAAAUAAAGUGGUGGGGGGGGAGGUGGGAGAAAUAUAUCUUUGUUUAAAAGUCCCAUUAUCUGGCAAACAUGAGUCUAAUUUUUGUUGAGUAAAGGGGGGGGGGAAAGGGGGCCCAUUAACAACCCCCCCCCCCCCCCCCCCCCCUUUGGAUGUUGAAGCUAUUCAUGUCAACCCUACGGGGCCUAGAGUGUGCUAACUGGCAUAUUUGUUCCCAACCACAAACAAAAUUUCUCAGAACCCUCAUUGCUUGGUAAUAUAUAUGAUGCUUACUCCUUCACCAUUUCCAACUAAACCAUUGUAUAGUUCUAAUGCUAUUUAUAGAAAGAUCAAUUGAUUGUUGGCUUGGGGAUCGUUUAAUGAACUCGUACACAAUAAUAUUGUUCUUUUCAAUGCUUAUUUGCAAAAUAGUUAUAAAAAUUGGAUAGCUCUUAAAAUGAGUGGUUUUCUCCUUCUCAGGGCUCCUGUUAUCUAAAAAAUACUUUAACACUCCACAAAGAAUUUCAUUUUUAAAUCAUUCAAAAGCUUAACUUGAAAAAAAGAACCAACAACAUCGUUGAGAGAGACUGGAAAUAAGUUUUUGCUUUCAUUUUAUUUCUCUGACCUCUGACCCUUUGUAAAUACACCACCCAAAUAAAUGGCGAUGUCUCCAGGAGUGCAUUGGAAACAAUUGAUCGUCUGACAGACUCACUGGACCUCUCUGACUACGCUUCACGUAUCAUUCACCCGCUGGUGCGCACCAUGGACUCCACUCCGGCGCUGCACGCUGUGUGCAUGGACACCCUGUGCACGCUGGUCAUACAGCUCAACCACAAGUUCACCAUUUUCAUCCCCAUGGUGGCCAAGGUCAUGGGCAGACAGAAGAUACAGCACCAGCGUUUUCAUGUCCUCAUGACAAGGAUUCUCAAGGUGAGCUGUGGCGGGAUCAGUAUUUAACAUUUUAAAAUUAUUUUCCUCAAUUAAUUUUUUUUCUGUUUGUUGGGCAAAAUCACUUAGUGCAUCUUACUUCAGCAAGGAUAUGUUAACAUGUUUGUUAAGGACUUCAAUGUAUAUUGUGAUUGUGUUGUUUUAUCUAUUAUGUGUGUUGUUUUAUCUAUUAUUUUUAGUAUUUUGUUACAUAUUGUGUGGAAGGAGAUAUGAUGUAUUAUUAUUGGAGAGUGUUGUCCUUGGAAUACUGGUAGUUGAAGAUGUAGCUUAGUUGUGCUAAUAAAUAUACUUCAUUCUAUGGUGCAUUGGUUUGUAUAAUUACUAAAACCCCUAGACAACGAAGCCAUUGAACCUUUGGGUUCAUUAGUGUGCUUACAUGUCUUUAUUCAAGGGCACCUGCUUCCCUCUCAAGUUAGAUACCACCAUCGGUCAGACGUGACAGCAAUGGAUCUUCAGCCAUAUGCAAGUGUAGAGUUUCGGGAAUUGUUAUAUUAUAGAUAUAGGAAAUUUGAGUUAGUGGUUUCCAAUUUAUCUGUCCGCGUCUGGAUCUUACAUUGAUAAAAAAAUUGCUAGCAGGGAAUAAGUAAAACAAAGUAUGCGAAAACCUGAACAAAAUGAACGCAACGNCCUCUGUAGGCACCUGUUACCCUCUCUGGGCACCUGUUUCCCUCUCUGGGCACCUGUUUCCAUCUCUGGGCACCUGUUACCCUCUCUGGGCACCUGUUACCCUCUCUGGGCACCUGUUACCCUCUCUGGGCACCUGUUACCCUCUCUGGGCACCUGUGCAGAUUUGUUUACUCUUACGAUUUUGGCGUAGAAUGUACGAUUUUGAGAUGUAUACAUUAUAUAUACUGUGUGUUUAUUUUUUACUAUUAAGAUAAUGUAUUGAACGAUUUUGUGAUGAUAUUGUAUGAUUUCAAGAGUUUGAGGGUAAACAGGUCUGCCUGUGCCACUCUCUAGGCACCUGUUCUUCUCUUUAGAGUUUAGUACCUUUCUCAAGGUCUCUGUUCCCUUCUCUAGGGGUCUGCUACCCCUCUUUAAGAGGUUAGUACCUUUCUCAAGGUCUCUGCUCUCUUCUCAUGUUGCCUGUUUCCUUUUCUAAGUGCCUCAAGAUGUAUUUACUAUUUACUGAAUUAAAAACAAAUUAAUUGAACAAUUUAAACAACAGAUUAUUCCCUCAGCAAUGUGACCUUUCUUUAAUUUAGUCACCAAGAUUUUUCUUGACCUCACUUUUGCUAAAAACAAAUUUUUUUUUUUGGAGAAAAGAUCAAUGAGGAAAAGUUGAUAUUUAUUUCUUAAAGCCGCCAUACAUUAAAAAAAGGGAAUGUCUAACCCAAAAAUAACAUAUCUGACCAACCUCAUUUUUCUUAUUUUUCCAUCUUUUUAUCACCCGUGAACUCUCUUCUCUUUACAUCAUGUGAAUGAUCAGACCUAUAAUGCUCACCAGGGGACCACCAUCGCCGACGAAGAGGACGACCCAAUCCUGAUGAAGAAAGAAAGACAGGACCAGCUGAAGAAGAAGGGCAAGGACAGGUCAGACAAUGCCCCUGACACAACAGCCAUCAAGAAACUGAGUGUCAACUUUGACACGAUGAAGAGGGUAAGGGUCGACUCGGAGGGUGAUGGUCGAAUCAGAGGGUGGGGGUCAACUCAGAGGGUGAGGGCCAACUCAGAGGGUGAGGGCCAACUCAGAUGGUGGGGGUCAACUCAGAGGGUGGGGGUCAACUCCGAGGGUGAAGGUCAACUCAGAGGGUGAAGGUCAACUCAGAGGGUGAAGGUCAACUCAGAGGGUGAGGAGGGUGAGGGUCAACUCUGUCAGAAAGUUUGGAGUGGUUUAUUGUCUGCCAGUUCAACAUCGGGUUAUUCUUUCAUUAAGAAUGCCUCCAUUAAGAACUGUUUUUUUCUCUGCCUACAUUCAGAAGGCACCAACAAAGAAGGAAAAAAAGCAAGAGAGCUCUUGUGUGUUAAAAUAAAAAAUAAAAGAUGUGUUAGGAAAUUAUUUGUGGUAGUAAUGACUGUUGUUACCAUGUACAGUCAGCGGAUGUGUGGUACUACAGUCAAGUCAGGUUAUGUGUGAUGGUGCAUACAGAAGGUGUAAUAUUAUACAUUCAUAAAGAGAGUGCAUGUUGGUACAGUUUGAAAUUAGCAUGGUACAUGGUAUAGAACUGCUCUCCAUGUGAUUGCCAACUUACUGUAUGGAAUUAUUUUAUAUCGAUGAAAAUUGCUCUAGAGAAUAUAAGAGAAAAUAAAAUAAGGUCUGUCAUCUGUGACUGUCCAGGCUCUGGAGACUGGACGUCGUGUAUCAAAGGAAGACUGGAUGGAAUGGCUGAGAAAACUCAGUAUUGAACUGCUGAAGGAGUCACCUUCCCCUGCCCUGAGAUCCUGUCUGGCACUAGCUCAAACCUACAACCCAUUGGCCAGGUAGGGCAAACAUUAGUAUUCAAAGAAAGACAAGUUGAAUUUAUUCAAAGCAUAAACAACAUGUCACUUAAAAAUAUUAAUUGGAAUAAUUAGCAAAUAAAAAGUUUGCAAAAUGUUGACACAAUUUUAUUUCAUUUAUAGUUGAAGUAAAACAUUUAGUAACAAAUUUAACGCAUUUUUUUUACGCCAUGUAUGUCAAAUACUUCUUCUAAUCUCACCCAGGGACCUUUUCAACUCUGCCUUCCUGGCAUGUUGGACAGAGCUGACAGAGAUCAACCAGGACGAGGUCAUCGUCAGCCUGGAGAAGACACUGAACUCACAGGAGAUACCGGAGAUCAUGCAGACACUGCUCAACCUGGCUGAGUUCAUGGAGCACUGUGACAAGGUGAGUUGUCAAAUGUUGUGACAAGGUGGGUUGUCAAAUGUUGUGACAAGGUGGGUUGUCAAAAGUUGUGACAAGGUGGGUUGUCAAAUGUUGUGAUGAGGUGUGUUGUCAAAUGUUGUGAGGUGUGUUGUUAAAUGUUGUGGUGAGCAGGGUUGUCAAAUGUUGUGACAAGGUGGGUUGUCAAAUGUUGUGAGGUGUGUUGUCAAAUGUUGUGACAAGGUGUGUUGUCAAAUGUUGUGAUGUGUGUUGUCAAAUGUUGUGACAAGGUGUGUUGUCAAAUGUUGUGAUGAGCUGGGUUGUCAAAUGUUGUGAGGUGUGUUGUCAAAUGCUUUGAUGAGGUGUGUUGUCAAAUGUUGUGACAAGCUGGGUUGUCAAAUGUUGUGACAAGGUGGGUUGUCAAAACUUGUGAUGCGGUAGGUGGUCAAAAGUUUUGACGAGGUCUGAUGUCAGAUGUGACAAGGGGGGUUGUCAAAGUUAUGAGGUGGGUUGUCAAAGGUUUUGAUGAGGUACGAUGUCAGAUGUUGGGAUGAGGUCAAAUAUGACAUAUUGCGGCAAGGUUGGCUGUCACCAAUGUUAGCAUACAUUUUUUUGGUUGUAAAAAUAAAAGACAUUGUCAGAAGAAGGAAACAAAAGACCAUAAUCUCUCAUUUUGCAAAAUUUAUUUAAUGUUGUAAUGAGGUGGGUUGUCAAAUAUAAUGAAAUUGGUUUUCAAAUGUGAUGAGGUGGGUUGUAAAAUGGGAUGUGGUGGGUUGUCAAAUGUAAUGAGGUGGGUGGUCAAAUGUAAUGAGGUGGGUUGUCAAAUGGGAUGAUGUGGGUUGUCAAAUGAAAUGAGGUGGGUUGUCAAAUGUAAUGUAUUUGGUUGUCAAAUGUAAUGUAUUGGGUUGUCAAAUGUAAUGUAUUGGGUUGUCAAAUGUAACGAGGUGGGUUGCAGAAUAGCAUGACAAGCGGGAUGGCCAAACAUUGCGACCAGUUCAGCUGCUGAGCUUAUGGAGAAGCUUAAAAACUUUACUAUCACCAUUGUGUAUUUAUAGCGGAGCUGACAGACAUUUCCAGGAUCUGUAUAACUGUGUAAGUAAUGUCUUGUAAGACAUGGUAAGAUGAAUUUUUGGAAGCAUUAGUGAUGGCCAGGUCAGAGUUAAAUCGCCAAUAGACAUCUCAGUUUAGUGCAGGAAGUGCCCCAAGAUCCUUGAAAUGUUGUCUUGCAUCACACUCCUCAUUUAGGUGAUACAUAUCUGCCACUGGUUUUUUUCUAUAUUUAUUCUAUUGACUUUGCGGCAGGGUCCUCUCCCCCUUGAUGGCCAUCUGCUCGGAGAGCGCGCCAUGAAAUGUAGAGCUUAUGCCAAGGCCCUGCACUACAAGGAGGAUGAGUUUCACAAAGGACCCAGCACGCAAAUUCUUGAGAACCUCAUCAGGUAAGCUUCUUUAUAGAUCAAGGUUAUUCAAAGUUUGGUUUUGAAAAGGGCAGAAAAUUAAAUAUUUUAGGCAUUGUGGGCCAAGAAGCAAGCUAUUUGAAGUUGGUGAGUGUGGGGGGGGGGGGGUUUCCAAUUUUAAAAAAUUGCACUCCCACCAAGGGGCUCUCCCACCCCCCCCACCCCCCCCCCCCCCCCCCAGGCAUUGUGGGCCAAGAAGCAAGCUAUUUGAAGUUGGUGAGUGUGGGGGGGGGGGGUUACAAUUUUGAAAAAUUGGCAUCCAUGUCAUGGGCUUCUCUACCCCCCCCCACCCCUCCCUCCACCCCCAAUACCAAACUUAAAGAUGGGAGUUCAACCCCCAAGCAUGACAGAGACAAGCAAAAUAAGCCUGGGUGCAUGGGACUUGUCAACCUUUCUCCCCCCCAACCUUGGGAUUUUAUCACACUAACAAAAAAAAACCCCACCAAAAGAACCCCACCAAAUAUGAGUAUUUGUAGUUUUCCCCUCUCCCCCCCCCAUAUUAAUUUUAUUACAAGGAGACAUGUGAAAGACGGCAGGGGGGGAUUUUAUUACCCCCUCCCCCCCAACUCAGAUUGGAAAGCAGCUGCUUCCUUUGCCCCUCUGUGUAGAUGCCCCUCUGCGUAGACGCCCCUCUGCGUAGACGCCCCUCUUUGUAGACGCCGAUGGCCCAUAUUGAGGGAGGAGUGGGGGAAAUAUCUAUGUGACUAUAAUACAUUAUCAUUGCCAAAAUAUCUUUGUGACUAUAAUACAUUAUCAUUGCCAAAAUAUCUAUGUGACUAUAAUACAUUAUCAUUGCCAAAAUAUCUAUGUGACUAUAAUACAUUAUCAUUGCCAAAAUAUCUAUGUGACUAUAAUACAUUAUCAUUGCCAAAAUAUCUAUGUGAAUAUAAUACAUUAUCAUUGCCAAAAUAUCUAUGUGACUAUAAAACAUUAUCAUUGCCAAAAUAUCUAUGUGACUAUAAUACAUUAUCAUUGCUAAAAUAUCUAUGUGACUAUAAUACAUUAUCAUUGCUAAAAUAUCUAUGUGACUAUAAUACAUUAUCAUUGCCAAAAUAUCUAUGUGACUAUAAUACAUUAUCAUUGCCAAAAUAUCUAUGUGACUAUAAUACAUUAUCAUUGCCAAAAUAUCUAUGUGACUAUAAUACAUUAUCAUUGCUAAAAUAUCUUUGUGACUAUAAUACAUUAUCAGUUCCAAAAUAUCUAUGUGACUAUAAUACAUUAUCAGUUCCAAAAUAUCUAUGUGACUAUAAUACAUUAUCAGUGCCAAAAUAUCUAUGUGAAUAUAAUACAUUAUCAGUGCCAAAAUAUCUAUGUGAAUAUAAUACAUUAUCAGUGCCAAAAUAUCUAUGUGAAUAUAAUACAUUAUCAGUGCCAAAAUAUCUUUGUGAAUAUAAUACAUUAUCAGUGCCAAAAUAUCUUUGUGAAUAUAAUACAUUAUCAGUGCCAAAAUAUCUUUGUGAAUAUAAUACAUUAUCAGUUCCAAAAUAUCUUUGUGAAUAUAAUACAUUAUCAGUUCCAAAAUAUCUAUGUGACUAUAAUACAUUAUCAGUUCCAAAAAAUCUUUGUGAAUAUAAUACAUUAUCAGUGCCAAAAUAUCUUUGUGAAUAUAAUACAUUAUCAGUUCCAAAAUAUCUAUGUGACUAUAAUACAUUAUCAGUUCCAAAAUAUCUUUGUGAAUAUAAUACAUUAUCAGUUCCAAAAUAUCUUUGUGAAUAUAAUACAUUAUCAGUGCCAAAAUAUCUUUGUGAAUAUAAUACAUUAUCAGUGCCAAAAUAUCUAUGUGAAUAUAAUACAUUAUCAUUGCCAAAAUAUCUAUGUGACUAUAAUACAUUAUCAUUGCCAAAAUAUCUUUGUGACUAUAAUACAUUAUCAUUGCCAAAAUAUCUAUGUGACUAUAAUACAUUAUCAGUUCCAAAAUAUCUAUGUGAAUAUAAUACAUUAUCAGUGCCAAAAUAUCUUUGUGAAUAUAAUACAUUAUCAGUGCCAAAAUAUCUAUGUGAAUAUAAUACAUUAUCAGUGCCAAAAUAUCUAUUUGACUAUAAUACAUUAUCAGUUCCAAAAUAUCUAUGUGACUAUAAUACAUUAUCAGUUCCAAAAUAUCUAUGUGAAUAUAAUACAUUAUCAGUGCCAAAAUAUCUAUGUGAAUAUAAUACAUUAUCAGUGCCAAAAUAUCUAUGUGAAUAUAAUACAUUAUCAGUGCCAAAAUAUCUAUGUGAAUAUAAUAUAUUAUCAGUUCCAAAAUAUCUAUGUGAAUAUAAUACAUUAUCAGUUCCAAAAUAUCUAUGUGAAUAUAAUAUAUUAUCAGUUCCAAAAUAUCUAUGUGAAUAUAAUAUAUUAUCAGUUCCAAAAUAUCUUUGUGAAUAUAAUACAUUAUCAGUUCCAAAAUAUCUAUGUGAAUAUAAUACAUUAUCAGUGCCAAAAUAUCUAUGUGAAUAUAAUACAUUAUCAGUGCCAAAAUAUCUAUGUGAAUAUAAUACAUUAUCAGUUCCAAAAUAUCUAUGUGAAUAUAAUACAUUAUCAUUGCCAAAAUAUCUAUGUGAAUAUAAUACAUUAUCAUUGCCAAAAUAUCUAUGUGAAUAUAAUACAUUAUCAUUGCCAAAAUAUCUAUGUGAAUAUAAUAUAGUAUCAGUGCCAAAAUAUCUAUGUGAAUAUAAUACAUUAUCAUUGCCAAAAUAUCUAUGUGAAUAUAAUACAUUAUCAUUGCCAAAAUAUCUAUGUGAAUAUAAUGUAGUAUCAGUUCCAAAAUAUGUAUGUGAAUAUAAUAUAGUAUCAGUGCCAAAAUAUCUAUGUGAAUAUAAUAUAGUAUCAGUUCCAAAAUAUCUAUGUGAAUAUAAUAUAGUAUCAGUCCCAUCUCUAAAGUUUUCAACCAAGUGGAAUCCCACUGAUUUUUAUUUCCCCAGCAUCAACAACAAACUGCAGCAAAGAGAGGCAGCUAAAGGAGUCCUGCUGUAUGCCAUGAAACAUAAUCAUGCCAAUCUGGUGAGUUGGUGCAUCUUCUUGUUUCUUGGUACUUACACUGACUAAAACAACUUGCCCUAAAACAUGGAAGGCACAGUGCAAAUUUUAUACAAGUACUAGCACGUGUCAAAACAGCUACAAAAGAACCUUUUCUCAUUCUUUUCACAAGAGAGAUGAGAGAUCAAGCAUUUUUCUCCAAGUUUCAUUAGUGAACAUGUAUUAAGAAUUAUUUUAUCCUACUGCAGGGCUGUUAGAGUGUCCCUAGAAACAUUGAGACCCUAAGAUGUACCAUGGGUGUCCAUCCCUACUUAGAAAUAUCAUGCCUUAAUGAAGAGCUAAAUUAAUUAAGUGAGGUCUUCAUUUUGGGAAUGCCAUUUUUAAAAUUUAGAAUUAGCCUGCAGAACGUCCCAUCUACUGAAGUUACUUGACGAAACAUGCAUACAAGUAACAUCAUUUAUAAGAAUCCCAAUGAGUGCUCAAUUAUUGGCAUUUUAUUUUGUGUGACUUUAUGAACACAGCAUUACAGCCACACAUAAAUAGCUAGAGAAUUAUUAUGGGUGAUUCUAAAGAUAUUUUAUAAAAAUCACUGUGCAACUUGAUAAGUGUAGUGUGUGAAAUAUUGGCCCAGUUUCCUAAGCAGUGUGCAAAUAAUUUGUUGGGAUGCUGGAAAUAAGCAGGAUGGAAAGAUAAAAUACAAGGCACAUCAAAGCCAGAAAUGAGACACAAGGAAACAUCAAUGACACGUCAUUGUGUCACAUCGGUGACAGGUCAUUGUGUCACAUCAGUGACAGGUCAUUGUGUCACAUCAGUGACAGGUCAUUGUUUCACAUCAGUGACAGGUCAUUGUGUCACAUCAGUGACUGAUCAUUGUGUCACAUCAGUGACAGGUCAUUGUGUCACAUCAGUGACAGGUCAUUGUUUCACAUCAGUUACAGGUCAUUGUUUCACAUCAGUGACAGAUCAUUGUUUCACAUUAGUGAGAGGUCAUUGCUUCACGUCAGUGACAGGUCGUUGUUUUGUUGUGGUUUCUCCUUUCAAGCUUUGAUGUUACGUUUUUUCUGUCCCAAUUCUUUUUGCUGCCCUCUCAGAUACUACUUCUCAGCUAAGUGCUAUUUUAAACAUUUUAUUCUCUUUUUUUUUCUGUUGUUUGUUCACUGACAAAGGCUUCCUGCCGACACGUUCGUUGUUUUGUUGCGUUCCCUUUUUAAGGUUUGACCUUACUUUGCUUUACUCAUUUCCCAUUUGACGUUACCAGUGCGUUAUUUUAUUUCCUUGACAGUGCACUGAGUUUGACAGUCAUCAGACUGUUUUGUUUCACGUUCACAAUCUUAAAAUGAUUUUAUACUUUUUUUUUAUCGCUUGCCCUCACUAACUGAAGUUAACUCUUCCAUACAGAAAGUCCAAGAAAGUUGGUAUGAAAAACUCCACGAGUGGGAGAAAGCCUAUCAGGCGUACAACAGGAAGCAGGAGCAGAACAAAGAUGACGAUAACCUAACCCUGGCAAAGAUGAGGUGUCUGGAGGCCAUCGGAGACUGGUAAAGGAGGAAAAUUAUGGGUUGGAGAUUAUGGUACACAUUAAACCAGUGGUUCUCAAGUCAUUAAGUUCUGAUGAGCUUCUCAUUCAGGAGACAUAGAUAUAUCUCUUACUUAACUAUGAGUAAUUUUGAAGAAUAAGCAACUGGCAAAUAGCUAUAUUUUUGUUCAGCCUAAUAAAUUUAUAUAUAUAUUAUAUUGCCAUAAAAAAAGGGGCCACUAUCUUAUUCUAUGUUUGGAACUCCCCUGCUAAGUUACAACAGUGCAAUACAUUUGUAACAAGUUCACAUCAUAGCUGGGUAGAAGUCUUACAGAUAGCCUUUGAGAUUCAUUGUUCAGAAUCCCUUUAUUAGACUUAGAGACCUGUAAUGACAGUCGCUUGAUUAGACUUAAGGACAUGUAAUGACAGUCCCUUGAUUAGACUUAAUGACCUGUAAUGACAGUCCCUUGAUUAGACUUAAUGACCUGUAAUGACAGUCCCUUGAUUAGACUUAAUGACCUGUUAUGGCAUUCCCUUGAUUAGACUGAAUGACAUGUAAUGACAGUCCCUUGAUUAGACUGAAUGACCUGUAAUGACAGUCCCUUGAUUAGACUGAAUGACAUGUUAUUAUCAGUUUAAGGAGAAAAAAUAAUGAAAUUCUGAGGUUUCAAUUGAAACGUCUACAAUGUAGGAGUAACAUCAAUGAAGCCAACAUUGUAUGACUUAGUACGUGAAGAAAACACAUUAAUUGUCUAGGUGAUGAAGGUGAAUUUUUUAUAUGUAAUUUUUUACUGGCUUUCUUGGUUUUGUAGAUUAAGAAAAGGUAAAACAAUAGACCUGCCAACCCAGAUUUUUUCGGAAUUAUGCAGACUUUUUACCCCUCACUGCGACCUUCCGACGAACCCCUUAAAAUUUCAAUUUUCCAAACAUUUAAAUUUUUCACCCGUCAUAAAAACCCGAAAGCAUCAAAAAUAAAAAUAGAAUAAAAUUUAAAAAUCGGGUAUGCAGGAAGUGGUUCAUUUCGAUGAUGCCACUUCUUUUGUUUUCAUGGAAGCGAACCUUCUUCAUUCUUCAAUUGAAACGAUCGUGAUUCAUCUUUUUACUAGGCUAAAAAAUUAAAUGGAUACAUUUGUAAAGAGAUCUGCUGAAGAAGCUUUUCCAAUGACUGAGGUUGAGAGUGAUAGUGCUCCAAACAAAAAAAAAGUCUUUAUUCAACGUUUUGAAAGGAGUAUUCGAAAAAACACUCAUUUCGACCAUCACCCCAUGGCGAAAAAUUUGCAUUCUGCAAUCUGUGGAAAGUGGUGGGUACAAUGAUAUUAAUAAACAUAUUGUAACAAAAAAAACAACAUGCAACUGCAGCUAAAAGCAGUGAAUCUACAACGUCCAUGUCUAAUUUCUUUGCUAAGGAAUCGGAUGAUUCAGUUAUCAGAUCAGAAGUUUUAUUUACCAUCUUUCUUAUAGAAGGGAAUAUUUCUCUAGCCAACUCCGAUCAUUUUAAUGCUACAGUCAAAGAAGUGUUUCCAGACUUGCAGACUUUAUUUACUUAAAAAGGCUUGUGCAUUAUAAUGUAGAUCUUAAACCAAUGCAAACACCCACCCCCCCCCCNGCCUGGGGACUUGGUACGUAUUAUCUCAUAGACUAUACUACUUGUGGUGGUUACCUCCAUUAUCUUCUUUCAUUUGAGCAAUGAAAUCUCCAUUACUUCUUACCAUUGAGCAGUUAACUAUGUGGGUGUUACCUCCAUUACUUCUUACCACUUAGCAGGGAACUAUUUGGGUGUUACCUCCAUUACUUCUUACCACUGAGCAGGGAACUAUUUGGGUGUUACCUCCAUUACUUCUUACCAUUGAGCAGUUAACUAUGUGGGUGUUACCUCCAUUACUUCUUACCACUUAGCAGGGAACUAUUUGGGUGUUACCUCCAUUACUUCUUACCACUGAGCAGGGAACUAUUUGGGUGUUACCUCCAUUACUUCUUACCAUUGAGCAGUUAACUAUGUGGGUGUUACCUCCAUUACUUCUUACCACUUAGCAGGGAACUAUUUGGGUGUUACCUCCAUUACUUCUUACCACUGAGCAGGGAACUAUUUGGGUGUUACCUCCAUUACUUCUUACCAUUGAGCAGUUAACUAUGUGGGUGUUACCUCCAUUACUUCUUACCACUUAGCAGGGAACUAUUUGGGUGUUACCUCCAUUACUUCUUACCACUGAGCAGGGAACUAUUUGGGUGUUACCUCCAUUACUUCUUACCAUAGAGCAGUUAACUAUGUGGGUGUUACCUCCAUUACUUCUUCCCACUUAGCAGGGAACUAUUUGGGUGUUACCUCCAUUAAAUAUAACGCCCCCUAAAAUAAGCUAAAAAAAAUGUUGGUUUGGUUCCCCAGGCCAGUGGGACAGUGUAGAGCAGUACAUGUGUUUUAUACCACGGACCAGUCACGAUGCAGCCUUCUUCAGAGCUGUUCAUUCUCUGCACCUUGAGAACUAUCAGCUGGCACAGCAGGUGAGUGGGUCAAAAUACCUGGCACAGCAGGUGAGUGGGUCAUAUAACCUGGUACAGCAGGUGAGUGGGUCAAAUUACCUGGUACAGCAGGUGAGUGGGUCAAAUUACCUGGUACAGCAGGUGAGUGGGUCAAAUUACCUGGUACAGCAGGUGAGUGGGUCAAAUUACCUGGUACAAAAUGUGAGUGGUUAAAAUUACCUGGUACAGCAGGUGAGUGGGUUAAAUUACCUGGUACAGCAGGUGAGUGUCAAUUUAACUUGUACAAAAGGUGACUUGGUCAAAUUACCUGGUACAACAGGUGAGUAGGUCAAAUUACCUGGUAUGAUAGGUGAGUCGAUCAAAUGGUAAAAAUAUACUACAGAUAUAUUAAAUUAAAAAAACCUUUGUUAAAAUUUUUUUUAUCUUGUAUUAUGUCUAGUGCAUUGACAAAGCUAGAGACAUUCUGGACACAGAGCUGACCGCCAUGGCUGGUGAGAGUUAUAACAGAGCUUACGGUGUAAGUAUAUGUGCACAUCAGUAAGUGGGGCCAUAAUUACCUGGGACUAAGAAUUUGCCGCAUGUUUAUCUGAGACCAAGAAAUACAGGCAAUGACAGACCUGUUUACUCUUAUGAUUUUGGCGUAAAAUGUACAAUUUUGAGAUGUAUUUUUCAUUUGUACGCAAAGACCCGAGAGAAUUCUGAUUUUAAGAAACUGGGGUGAAAAUAUAUACAUUCCGGUAAUUUUUUUUCAAUUAAAAAAAAAACCAACCACUGAAAAGUACAUUUUCAGUUUUUAGUUUAACCUUGUAUUUGUAUUCUAGGUCCAGCAGUGAAUGGGUCGAGAAAUAUGAAUGAUUGUGGACCAUCUAUAAUAAUUAUAUUAUGUUUGCCUUUAGAGGGGAAUGGAGUCGUGUUGAUUUUAGGAGAUUUUGUGCACGUGUGUGUGGGGGAGUGUUUAAAUCUUAAAGUCAAUAAAAUUAACACUGCCACAUUUUUUUAAUGCUAGUGGGGAUUGUCAUCUUGUUGCUUUGUAUUUUCGUAAUGAACUCGCUAGACACGGCAACAGUAAUAUUAGCGUAGUUGCCCUCGUGACAAUUUUAGUCAAUCCGCACCAAUCUCACAGUGAGGGGGGGGAAGGGGGUGGGGGUUGUCGAUAAUUUAGAUUUUACGUUUGGGUACAUCACUAGACUCCCUGUGGUGAAUUCUAAAAGGUACACUUUGAAAUAGGGAAUACAUAAACAAAAUAAAAUAAGAGCUUGGGUACAAAUUAAUAUAACACAUAUAAAUCACUAAGCUCUAUAUAGUAACUGCAAACAGUAGUUAUCACUUAAGUGGGUUACGUGGGGGGGGGGUGUGUGUUAGAAAAUUUGACUUUUUUGCGUACAUACUAUUCAGAUGGCCCCUUCUCGCAUUUGUUUGCUUUGAUGCUGUAUGAUGUAAUUUGGUGACAUAAUUAUUUCUUUCAGCUGACACCAGGUGAGUCCAGAAACCCAGAAAACUAGAGAAUGCAUUUGUCUUAGAAAUCUAUUUUUAGAAUGCACAAAACAGCUGUACGAUUUUUAAUACCCCCUCUUCCUUUCACCCAUUUACAGCUUGUGGUAGUUAUCAGACUGUAAUAUGUUACUGGGAAAUAGGCAUCAUGGAUAUGGAUUCUUCUUUUUUUUUUUAAACAGCUUUUCCUAAAAAAUAAAUCUCAAAUUGCUUGGUAGGAUUUUCAAAACGAUGCCCUUGUUUGGAAAUUAAUUCUUAUUUCAGUAAGUUUGUUUUAUGCUGACCUGACUUCCAGUUUGAACCACGUUAAAUUUCACCAGUAGCUUUAUUUUAAACCAUGGACAGACUGUGAUAAUGUGAUCUGGACGUUCACCUAAAUAUUGAUAUCUAUAGCAGAUACAAAAAAAAAAGGGACAGCAGAUAGCAACAUAAACAUGGGUCAUCAUUUUUUAGAAGUAACCUUUUUGGAGGUCAGCUUAACUCGAUCCCCACUCGAGAUGCGAUGCUAAUAGUUAUACAAUAUAUAGACUAUAUUUAUUUAUUUACUAUAAAAUACUGUAUGGUCCCAUUUUAGGAGAUCGAAGAUAAACAGGUCUGCAAUGAUUACCUGGGACUAAGAAAUGGGAAUAUUAUUACCUGGGACUAAGAAAUGGGGCAAUGAUUUCCUGGGACUAAGAAUUGGGGCAAUGAUUACCUGGGGCUAAGAAUUUGGGCAAUGAUUACCUGGGACUAAGAAAUGGGGCAAUACCUUGGACUAAGAAUUGGUGCCAUGUUUACCUGGGACUAAGAAUUGGAGCAAUGAUUACCUGGGACUAAGCAGGGACUAGCACUCUUUAUAAGUACAUGUCAUGUCCUUUUGUGCAUAUGUGUCACAAACUCAUAUACCAGUAAUUCUCUCUGUCAUGCUUCAGGCUAUGGUCAAUGUCCAGAUGCUGUCCGAGCUGGAGGAGGUCAUCCAGUACAAGCUGGUGCCAGAGAGAAGGGAGGCAAUCAAACAGAUGUGGUGGAACAGGCUGAAGGUAAAUUUAUAUCAUGGUGUUUUCCCUUCAUUUUUUGGGCUGUUCCAGAUUUAUUGCUCUGAAACUUAUCUAGUAGCUAGUAGUAUGUCAGAUUUUUACCUAUAAUUUUAUUGUUCUCUUAAAGAUGGCACAUUUUUACCUGUAAUUUUAUUGUUCUCAUAGGGAUGUCAAAGAGUUGUGGAAGACUGGCAGAAGAUCCUCCAGGUUCGCUCCCUGGUCAUUUCUCCUGAGGAGGACAUGGAUGCUUGGCUUAAAUUUGCCAGUCUCUGUCGGAAAAAUGAACGACUGGUAGGUGUGAGGAGAAAGUUAGGAUAACCGACAUGUCAGCGGCCUGAUGGAUGGGAGGACUUGUCCAGCUGGACUAUGUGAAAUGUUGCAACAAAAUCUGUUAGCACAGCUGUCACGGCUUAAACAAUACUUCUUUUUGCUGGGUGUAAUGUUUACUUCAGUGGCCGUAUCCAUAGCUUUGUAAUGUACACAUACAGAAAUUUCUAUUAAUUUCAGAGGAUUUCAUUUUGGAAGUGUACACAAAUUAUAAGUUAUAUUAAAUAAUGUGAAACAUUCCAAGAAAUAACUAAGAAUUCAGGAAAAGGGAAUGCUGGACAUAAAGCAAAAUGCUGGACAUAAAGCAAAAUGCUGGACAUAAAGCUAAAUGCUGGACAUAAAGCUAAAUGCUGGACAUAAAGCUAAAUGCUGGACUUAAUGCACCGUUAGUGUGGUCUACUAUUUCAUGCUGAUUAAUUUGUUGAGAAAUGUUGACUGAAACAAAUCCUAUAUUGGGUAUUCAAUGCUUCUUUUCAGGCUCUGUCUCACAAAACUCUGGUCACCUUGUUGGGAACUGACCCGUCCAAGAAACCCGACCGCUUCAUUCCCACGACCCACCCGAAGGUCACAUUCGCCUACAUGAAACAUAUGUGGAAGGACAACCACAAGGUGAUAAAUAUUGUUCUCAGUUGAUAUAAUAGAUAUUGGUCUCAGUUGAUCAGUUGAUAUAAUAGAUAUUGGUCUCAGUCUCAGUUGAUAUAAUAGAUAUUGGUCUCAGUUGAUAUGAUAGAUAUUGGUCUCAGUUUAUAUACCAAUCACAAUGGUCUCAUUUGAUGCACCCAUCACCCUAUAUGUCUCAUUAAACAACAUUUUUUUGUGUCAUCUCGUGUGAUUGACCUCAUCCUGCCCGCCCCCCCCCCCCCCCCCCUUGUUGUUGGUGUUUGCUGUAGGGUGUCAUCCACAACAUGGCAUAGGAAGGGGGGGGGCAGAGGGCGUGGCAGAGGGCGCAGCAGAGGGCACAGCUCUUAGUUUCUUCAUAUUAAGGAGCAGCAUUUUUAGGGCUAUUACCCUAAGCCACUGCAUCCACCAUUCAAGGCCAUUCUUAUGUCCUUAAGUCCCCUCCAGCAAUCUUUCAUCCACAAGUUCAUACAACAUACCUAUCAUACAUAUCUGUCGUCAUCCUCCAGUUGUCAAUCACGACCAUUGCAUCACACCACCUACUGCCAUUCACAAGCAUUGCAUCACUUCUCUAGCUGUUUGUUGAUCCAUCACAAGCUAACACCAUGUGACCAUCAUUUCUUAUUCCCCACAAAGCUUUGCUAUUUGUCAUUGAAUCUUAAAUCAGCCCGCCAUCUCUUAAUUCCUGCCACUUACCUUCCCAACAGAAAGAAGCUUACAGCAAACUGCAGCUGUUUGUGAAACAAGCCCUCCAGACCAAAUCUCUGCAGAUCAUGGGACCGGACGAGGCCGGUCAGAGGGCCAAGCUCAGCCAGCUCACCGCCAGGUAGGGGUCAUUUUUGAUACUGGGGUGAUUCAUCUCGGACAGUUUUUUUUAUGAAUGAACUUGGGAUUGGACAAAAAAAAUAUUCCCUUUUGAAUUGAUAAAUGUUGUCAAGAUUGGGACAAAUGAAUCAAAUAUUUAGAUAAGAUUAGACAAGAUAAGAUAAAAUAAGAUGCUUUUAUUGAUCCAAAUAAAUGGAAAUUUGUUUUGAUUCCAUAGCACAUAUUGUUUUCAGUUUUGAAAGUCUUUGUCUUAGUUUUUGUUGUUCCCUUAAAUUAAUCUUUAGAAAUUUAGCAAUGUGUUCGGCGACUCAUUGUGUGGUCAGAACAGCUGUUGGGUUCUUGGGUGUACAUUGGCAUUGUGAAGAGAGUCUGUUGGGUUCUUGAGUGUACAUUGGCAUUGUAAAUAGAGUCUGUUGGGUUCUUGAGUGUACAUUGGCAUUGUGAAGAGAGUCUGUUGGGUUCUUGAGUGUACAUUGGCAUUGUGAACAGUCUGUUGGGUUCUUGAGUGUACAUUGGCAUUGUGAACAGGGUCUGGGACUUUUGUCUUUGGCUGGUUGUUUUGAUCCUGCCAUUUGUUUACUAGUUGGCAAAUCCUAUGUUUCCAAGAUGGCAGAUGUGAACGUGUGUUAGCUUAUGCCUGCAAUGUUUAAAUUGACAGAUGUUAUUAAGACAGUGGUUCUUUAAUCAAAUGUUCCUGUAUCUGUCGAUAGGUGUUAUCUAAGAUUAGGACAAUGGUCUGAGGAGCUCCACGGCAUAUCUGAGGAGUCCAUACCACAGAUCUUAGAGAACUACAGUCUGGCCAAAGAACAUGAUGACACCUGGUACAAGGUGAGAAUCAUCGAUGAGUUGGUUUCACAACAUACAGUACAUAUGUCACAUACAAUUAUAAACACUGCUGACAGUAUCCAAUUAUAUACCAUUAUAAAAUAUGCUGGCUUUAUACAAUUAUAUACCAUUAUAAAAUUUGCUGAUGUACAAUUGUAUAUCUUAUAAAAGAUGCUGAUAGUAUACAAUUAUAUACCAUUAUAAAAUAUGUUGGCUUUAUCCAAUUAUAUACCAUUAUAAAAUAUGCUGGCAUUAUACAAUUAUAUACCAUUAUAAAAUUUGCUGAUGUACAAUUGUAUAUCUUAUAAAAGAUGCUGAUAGUAUACAAUUAUAUACCAUUAUAAAAUAUGUUGGCUUUAUCCAAUUAUGUACCAUUAUAAAAGAUGCUGGAAUUAUACAAUUAGAUACAAUUAUAAAAGAUGCUGGGUGAAGGGAAAGAACACAAUAAAAUGGGUAAAAUAAAGAAGAGAAGAGAUGAGAGCAUAAUGUUAAAAUAAAGAAGAGAAGAGAUGAGAGCAUAAUGUUAAUACCAUAAUUAACUCUAAGUGUCACAGUCCAUAGUCUGUCGAUGUUUUAUCUGCUAAUUGAACCUUGACCUCACUUGGAGAUAUAUAUACCAGGCCUGUUACCCUCAAACUCUUAAAAUCGUACAAUAUAAACACAAAAUCGUUCAAUACAUUAUCUUAAUAGUAAAAAGAAUAAACAUACAGUAUAUAAAAUGUAGACACCUCAAAAUCAUACAUUGUACGUCAAAAUCAUAAGAUUAAACAGGUCUGCAUAUACUCACCUUGCUGUUUCCUAGGCCUGGCAUUCCCUUGCCCUCAUGAACUACGAGGCUGUGCUGUUCUAUAAACAGAAGGAGCAGGCGGCCACGGCAGCAUCAUCUACAGCAACACCGGAAACUUUUGGCGAGGUUCUCAAACUCGACAUGGCUGGCUCCCCGAGGCCGGAGUCUGUGAGUUAGUUUAACUUCUGUGUCACUAUAUCUUUGUGUGUUUUGAAGGGCAUGGCUUGCUCUCCCAGGUCUCAAUCUGCCAGUUUAACUUCUGUGUCACUAUUAUCGGUGUGUGUUUUGAAGGACAUGUCUGGCAUUCCCAGACCUGAGUCUGUAAGCUAGUUUAACUUCUGUGUCAUGAAACUAUGAAUCAAUGUUAAGUAAUUUUAUUAAUUUUUUAAACAAUUCUAUGAAUAUUACUUUGCAAUGACUGCUCCUCACUGACAGCUAUAGUUCUUGUCUAGCUAUCAUUUCCGUACCCUCAUAGCAUCAGUGGCAAUUCUUAAUAACCCCCCCCCCCCCCCCCCACAAAAAAACCAAACAACACAACCCCCCCCCCCAAAAAAAAACCCCCCCAAAAAACAACAACCCAAAAAAGCAAUAAAACAAUUUAAAAACAUUAAAAGGUUUUUAGAUCAAAGUGAGACUUUUUAAUGAUGUGAAAUUGUGUUCCACUCUAUUCAGUCUGUUGGUACUUUAGAAAUAGUAAAAUCAAGAGCCAAAUUUGGUGAAUAUAUAAUAUGUUGAAUCAUCCAUUAUAUAUCUGCAACGAUGCUGAGAAGAUAUUUUAGCAAGAAGUGAGAAGCAGUCAAGCGGACAUGACAAAAAACCCAAAUGGUGUGAUAUUUACUUCCUUGUUUUAAAAGUUUAUCCUUUUUGCCAAACUCUACCAGAUUUCUGCCAAAAUUCAAAAGUACUGCAUCCCGGCUGUGCAUGGCUUCUUCAAGUCCAUAGCUUUGUCCUCACAGAACAGUCUGCAGGACACACUCAGGUAAUCCCAUGGUUAAAAUAUUUUAACAGCCCACAGGACACGCUCAGGUAAUCCGAUGGUUAAAAUAUUAAAAACAACUAACAAAUGAGUGCUUUUGGCCAUUGAGAGUUUAUGACUUAGCUAAAGCCACACAUUUCAUGCCAAAGUAUUGUACGGGCUGUUUCUAAAGUCUGGGCACAUGAUUAGACUGUGGUCAGAUUGAUGGAAUUGUGGAUGGAUGAGCGACAUAGACAGGUUGUGACUUCUCCUUUCAAUCAGUGCUUAUUUUCCUUAAAAGCAGUGCCCUGUGGUUGUCAGUCAUCAGAACUUUUUUCCUGUUCACACUCAUGAAGUGAUCAGAAUCUCCUUUACAGAGUUGAUGAUAAUCUUGAAUGGAACGUGGUGUCACAGGAGGUGGUAAUCAAAUGGAAGGUGUUAUGAAAUACAUAAAUUAAUGCCGUAAAAGGUCAAAAACUUAUUGAAAAUAUGUAGUCUGCCUGCAUUUCUUUUCUUAUUUUGUUCAAAAUGCUUUAAUUGGAGAGAAUUCAUCUAUGUCAAAAACACUUAUUAUGUUACAUGACUAUCUGUUCAACUUAUACAAAAUUUGCGUAGAAAAAUCCCCCCACCGCCCCCCGUAUUUCCUGAAGUUUUAUAUCUCUCAUGUAUGCUACUGCUGUCCCAGGCUCCUUUGCUUUGAUAUGGCCAACGUUCAUCUCUUAUGUCUGUGCCAGGCUCCUGACCCUCUGGUUUGAUUACGGCCAAUGGCCCGAGGUGUAUGACAUGAUGGGAGAGGGCAUUAAAAGCAUUCAGAUCGACAACUGGCUCCAGGUGAUACCCCAACUGAUUGCCCGCAUCGAUACCCCUAGGUCACUGGUACAGCGGCUAGUACACCAGCUGCUAAUCGAGAUCGGCAAAGCUCACCCUCAGGUUAGUCUCUAAAUGACAUGCCAGGUAAAUACAUUGCUCCUUGCGUGUCACAAUAGCUCAGACAUUGAGAUAUCCUUGAAAUACAUAAGGUAGAUUCAGUAGACUUUCUUAACCACAUAUUUUAACUAAAAGAAAUCAAAUUUUGUUCUUUGUUUGCUCAGAGAGAGUGAAUUCUAUUCUAGAUGAAAAGAAAAAGUUUGUUCUUUCAUAAAAUUUCAAGUAAACUGAAAACUAAAAUAAAUAACAUUGAUAAAGGCUAAUAUCCUAUAAUUAGCAGCCAUAAUUCAUUAUAGUUCUAUGUACAUGAGGUGCCAUGCUCAUGAAAUCUGUGCCAACUUCCUUGUCCAGGCCCUGAUCUACCCCCUGACUGUUGCCUCCAAGUCCAACGCUGCCCUCCGCCAGGCUGCUGCCAACAAGAUUCUCAAGAGUAUGUGUGAGAGGAGCCAGAACCUUGUGGCCCAGGCCAUGCUGGUAAUGUCUUUGCUGGUUUUUACACUUUUUAAUGAUUUAAAUAUGAAAGAAUACAACAACUUCCAGUAGAUAUCAUUCACUUCAAAAAGGGAAUUAGAAUUAAAGGAAAAUAUAUGCAUUCUAUUAAAUGUAUCCAAUCUGAAAAGUUUUAAUGAUUUUCUAUCUCAGGUUUCAGAAGAGCUCAUCAGGGUGGCCAUCUUGUGGCACGAGCUGUGGCAUGAGGGACUGGAGGAGGCCUCAAGACUUUACUUCGGUGAUCGAAAUGUCCGAGGCAUGUUUGCCACUUUGGAGCCCCUUCACGCCAUGACUGAACGUGGGCCCCAGACCCUGAAAGAAACUUCAUUUACACAGGUGACAUGAUGACCUCCAAACCUAGGCAUUUGAAACUGUUCUUUAUGAGAUCAUGGUUUGGAUAAGCUCUUUGUUCAGAUAACAAUCCACCCCCACCCCCCCACCCCCCAGAAUGUCGGCAUUUGUGCAUAGAAUACAAUAUAUUCUUUUAACCUAUAUCUUGUUUUAUUUUACAGUCUAUUAUGUACAGUUGUCGUCAAUGGUCAUAUUUAUGAGAUCAUGGUUUGGAUAAGCUCGUUGUUCAGAUAACAAUCCACACCCACCCCCCCACCCCCCAGAAUGUCGGCAUUUGUGCAUAGAAUACAAUAUAUUCUUUUAACCUAUAUCUUGUUUUAUUUUACAGUCUAUUAUGUACAGUUGUCGUCAAUGGUCAUGUGCAUUGCAUGCGAUAAAAACGUCCCAAAAAACAGGGGGCAUUUAAGAAAAUCAAAGCUUUUAAUGAAGAGAUUUUAUGGCCACCAAGUUUAUGUCAUGCGUCACACGUCUUAUUUGUGUUCCAGGCUUACGGCCGUGACUUGAUGGAGGCCCAAGACUGGUGCCGCAAGUACCAGAGGUCAGGAAAUGUCAAGGACCUGACCCAAGCCUGGGACCUUUACUACCAUGUAUUCAGGAGGAUAUCCAAACAGCUGCCCCAGGUAAGAUGGCAGGACAGCUAAGUAGUCACCAAUACAAUUUGACUUACCUGCACCAGUGCUGACACUUCAGCAAAUACAUUGGCUUGAGGCUUCUGAACUUAUUAUGGCACCAUAAAUAUUAAUGUGGUUACCAGAAACUUGUUUGAACAAAAUUUCGUAGAUGGAAAAUUGAUAGACAACAAUUUGAUCAAACGGAAAAUUGGUUGAAUCAUUUUUUCAGUUCAAACAUUAAAAUUUUCAUCAAAUUUCUUUUUAAACGCACUAUACUAUAUAGUAAAACAAAAUAAUGCGUUCAAAAAGAAAUUUGACGCAAAAGAUUAACGUGUGAACUGAAAAAAAGAUUCUACCAAAUUUCUGUUCGAUUAAAUUGCCGUCACUCUAUUUUCCGUUGGCGAAAUUUCUUUCAAAUAAAUUUCUGGAUACAUACUAAUGAAAACACUAUUAAAAACAGCCCCAAGCCCCCUUUCAUACAUUUAAUAUUUACAAUGUGUAAUUCUUGAAUACGUACAAUGGUUAAGAAACUUGUAAAGCUCGUUCAUAUAUAUAUAAGGAUUAAGCCCCUUGUAAAGCCUAUAGAAAGGACUGGAAAUGUGAGUUGAAAGCUGCUGGAAAUAAACUCUGAUAGGAAAAAAUAAGUAGAUUUUUUAAUGGGUAGUACUUUAUUGGCCGCCACUCUGUGAAGGCAAUAUUGGCCUGCCACACUAUUGGGAUAAUAUUGGCCUGCCACACUAUUGGGAUAAUAUUGGCCUGCCACACUAUGGGGGUAAUAUUGGCCUGCCACUCUAUGGGGAUAAUAUUGGCCUGCCAUUCUAUGGGGAUAACAUUGGCCUGCCACACUAUGGGGAUAAUAUUGGCCUGCAACACUAUUGGGAUAAUAUUGGCCUGCCACACUAUGGGGAUAAUAUUGGCCUGCCACACUAUGGGGAUAAUAUUGGCCUGCCACACUAUGGGGAUAAUAUUGGCCUGCCACACUAUGGGGGUAAUAUUGGCCUGCCACACUAUGGUGGUAAUAUUGGCCUGCCACUCUAUGAGGGUAAUAUUGGCCUGCCACACUAUGGGGGAAAUAUUGACCUGCCUAUGGUGGUAAUAUUGGCUGUUCCAGUGAUUCUGAAACGGUCAGUGUGCAGAAUGGCCCUUAAUCUAUUGUCAGGAAAAAAGGAACACUUUAAAGUAAAAAGAACUGUGAUCAGUAAGCUAGUUGUCAGUUCCUGUGGAAAUGUGGAUAACUUGCUGCUGGUGCAUCUCACUUAAACAUUUGGGAUACACUGGCAUUGAUUGGGCUAUAGAACAAAUGAACAAUAUUGUCUAUCUAAUCUUGGCUUGUGAUGAUAACAUUUCAUUUUGAUGUUUAUUCUUAAUUCUACCUGUUCUAAGCUGACUUCAUUGGAGCUCCAGUACGUAUCGCCAAAACUUCUUCACUGUAGAGACCUUGAACUUGCUGUGCCCGGCUCUUACGAGCCCAACCAGCCCGUCAUCCGCAUCAAGAGGGUUCAGAGUUCAUUGCAGGUCAUCACCUCCAAACAGAGGCCGAGAAAGCUGAGCAUAUUUGGUAAGAAUAAAGACAUACUAACAUCUCUGAUUUAGAUAAAAUCAUUUUAAAUGAUUUAACAUUUUUGAAAGCGAAAAUUGUCGAAAAUAAAUUUUGGGAAAGAAAUAAAAAAUAUUAAAAGAGAUACAAACUGAUGCUAUUCCUUUGCGAAGUUAAAACUUUUUUUAGUCAAAAUUUAUUGUGUAAAACACUUCUUUAAGAAUAAAUUGAAAAUUGAAAUGUUAACAAUUUGACCCAAGUCUAGAUGAUACUUAAGUCUUUGUAUUAUGACAAUGUGGUGUAUUGACAUUGUGGUUCCAACUUUGAUGCGUCAUGUCAUACUCCCCUUUCAGGAAGUGACGGUGAAGAGUACCAGUUCUUGCUGAAAGGUCACGAGGACCUGCGCCAAGAUGAGCGAGUCAUGCAGUUGUUUGGCCUGGUCAACUCGCUUCUCCGCAACAACCCAGACACAUUCAGACGCAACCUGACGUGAGUGUCUCCCCCCUUACUUUAAAUUGUCGCAUGUUCAGUUGUUAGCUGAUGAAUCAUAGCAGCACUGAUUGCCCUGGGUAUGCUUAGUUAAAUUCCAUAACUGUGAACAAACUGACUUGAGGUCAUGGUUGACAGCCAUAACAACAAACAAAAUAAAUAUGCAAGACAAUCAUGUGAAGUUUUUAUUCAAAACAUUUUUGAUUUCAAAGAAAUUUUAACAAUAAAUAAAAAAAAAAAUUUAGUAGGGCACCUGAGCUAGGCACCUGAGUAGGGCACCUGAUUAGGACAACUGAGUAGGGUACCUGAGUAGGGCACCUUAGUAGGGCACCUGAGUAGGGCUCUUGCCUCACAGACAUGCCUCAUCCUUUAGACCUAAUGUGUGUAAGUACAGUUUUCUUUAGCCUGCUUUCACUUGCCUCCUUUCUAUCUCCUUGUGUGUAGGAUCACCAGAUUUGCAGCCAUCCCACUGUCCACAAACUCUGGUCUGAUUGGCUGGGUGAGAAACUGUGAUACCAUCCACGCCCUCAUACGGGACUACAGGGAGAAGAGGAAGAUCUUACUCAACAUUGAACACAGAGUCAUGCUUAGGGUGAGUCAUGCUUAGGAUGAGUCGUCAUGCUUAGGGUGAGUCAUGCUUAGGGUGAGUCGUCAUGCUUAGGGUGAGUCAUGCUUAUGGUAAGUCCCAUUUAGCUGAGUCAUGGUAAAAGAAAGUCAUGCUUAGAGUUAGAGACCGACCGAAUGUGAGCUUCUGAUUUCAACCGAAAUCAAAGCCAAAUGGUAAGUUAAUGAUGACUUUCAGCUGAAACAGAAGGUGAAAACAAAAGAUUAACAAGACUUUGGGCCAAAAACGAAGCAUUUAGAUAUUUUGAAACCUGUUCACGCAUACGUUCUGUGUACAUCGAAAAAUGAUGAGGGAAGUAUUGAUAUUUAUAUUCUUUUUAUCAAAAAUGAUAUCAUCGUGAACUAUAAUAGAUAAACAUCUGAAUACUUUGGCUUUACCGUUUGAAUUAAAAAGUAAUUUAAAGUUGUUAAAAUGUAUGGUAAAAGAAAAUUUUGCCCCGGUGGGGAGGAGGGGGAGGCAAAAAUUCAUGCAAAAUAGACCCAUGGGCGCCCUUUGCUUUUAUAAUAGAUUUAUAACGUGGUGGGUUGCAAAUGCCCCACCUUUGUAUUAAAAGCAUAUGAAGUUGAUUUAUUUGUGAACAUCUCAAAAUCAUACAUUGUUCGCCAAAAUCGUGAGGGUAAACAUGUCUGACAGAGUGACAGUCUGACUUCUGGUAGGCAACUGAAGGCCUCAGUCACUUUUGGUUAAAACUAAAAAUAAACCAAAAGUGAACUUUUCUGUUUCGGCCAAAACCAAAACGCACUGAAAGUGAUCGAAUGGCAACUUUCGGUGUCAAAACUGAAAUUAGGUCAACCUCUACUUAGAAUAAGUAAUGCUUUGGGUGAGUCAUGCUUAGGGUGAGUCAUGCUUAGGGUGAGUCAUGCUUUGGGUGAGUCAUGAGAGAUUUAGAAUAUUGGAAAGGAAAAUCCUUUUUGAGUUCUUCUGUCAGUUGUGUUUACAUAGGUGGGGGGGGGGGUCACUUAAAAUUUGUAAACAUAAAUAUCCAAAUAAUUAAUCUCACAGCUCUGCUCACAGUGAGUCAUGUGUCAUCAGUAUCUGAGGUUUUGCUCUGCAAUAUUUCUAAACAUGCCCAGAAUAAUCUAAUGCUAUUCCUGUUUCUCUGUGACUGUCCAUUUGUGCAUAACAUUGUUUAUGUUGACUGUAUGACGUAUUUCAUGAUAAAUUUUGGUGACAUGAAUUGUGUCAUUGUUCCCCUUUAAUUACUUCCUAUUUCAAAUGUGUGGGUAUCCAUAUAGUUUCCUACUUCAAGUCUUUUGUGGCUAACUUCUUUUCAUUUGUAAUAUUUCUAUUUCCUUAGAUGGCCCCGGACUAUGACCACCUGACUCUCAUGCAGAAGGUGGAGGUGUUUGAGCACGCCUUGGAGCACACACAGGGAGAUGACCUGGCACGUAUUCUGUGGUACAAGUCCCCCAGCUCUGAGGUUGGUUUUAGGGAGACAUUCAAUUAUAGAAACCAGUCAUGGCAACUUAACUGCAGUUUAGAUAUCCAUCAAUCCGUUUAUCAGGAUAACAUGGGAGGGGGGCGGGGACAUGUCAAUAACAUUUACUUCUGUACUGUGAAAAGAAGUCGUUCCACUACAUGGUUUUGGUGUGUCUUUAGGUUUGGUUUGACAGACGUACAAACUACACACGAUCUCUUGCUGUGAUGUCCAUGGUGGGAUACGUUCUGGGCCUGGGAGACAGGUAUGUGUGCAUAAACAAAAUAAGUUCCUAUUACUGUUGGUAUUUAAAUAGUCACCCACUUUUCACCCACCCUCGUGAUGUCUAGUUGUAUGUUGAAUCACACUGACCAUUAGUUGUAUGUUGAAUCACAGAGACCAUUAGUUGUAUGUUUCAAUAGAGCAAUGAUUUUGACACAAGUUUCAAUCAAUCAAUACUAGCGACCCGUAUUUGUAUGUUGCAAUUACAAUCAAUAAUAUUGAUAAUUAGUUUAUCAUAUUGCAAAUCAAUUAAUAAUGAAAUUGAUGAUUAGUAGCAUGUUACAAUCCAUCUUUAUUGAUGUAUCAAUACCCCCCAGGCACCCCUCAAAUCUGAUGCUGGACCGUAUCAGUGGCAAGAUCAUCCACAUUGACUUUGGAGACUGCUUCGAAGUGGCCAUGGUCAGGGAGAAGUACCCAGAGAAGAUUCCCUUCAGGUUGACCCGGAUGCUUAUCAAUGCUAUGGAGGUCAGUAGGACAGACUCUCAUUCUUGCUUAUCAAUGCUAUGGAGGUCAGUAGUAAAGACUCUCAUUCUUGCUUAUCAAUGCUAUGGAGGUCAGUAGAACAGACUCUCAUUCUUGCUUAUCAAUGCUAUGGAGGUCAGUAGUAAAGACUCUCAUUCUUGCUUAUCAAUGCUAUGGAGGUCAGUAGGACAGACUCUCAUUCUUGCUUAUCAAUGCUAUGGAGGUCAGUAGGACAGACUCUCAUUCUUGCUUAUCAAUGCUAUGGAGGUCAGUAGUGCAGACUCUCAUUCUUGCUUAUCAAUGCUAUGGAGGUCAGUAGUGCAGACUCUCAUUCUUGCUUAUCAAUGCUAUGGAGGUCAGUAGUGCAGACUCUCAUUCUUGCUUAUCAAUGCUAUGGAGGUCAGUAGUGCAGACUCUCAUUCUUGCUUAUCAAUGCUAUGGAGGUCAGUAGUGCAGACUCUCAUUCUUGCUUAUCAAUGCUAUGGAGGUCAGUAGUACAGACUCUCAUUCUUGCUUAUCAAUGCUAUGGAGGUCAGUAGUGCAGACUCUCAUUCUUGCUUAUCAAUGCUAUGGAGGUCAGUAGCACAGACUCUCAUUCUUGCUCAUCAAUGCUAUGGAGGUCAGUAGUGCAGACUCUUAUUCUUGCUUAUCAAUGCUAUGGAGGUCAGUAGCACAGACUCUCAUUCUUGCUUAUCAAUGCUAUGGAGGUCAGUAGCACAGACUCUCAUUCUUGCUUAUCAAUGCUAUGGAGGUCAGUAGCACAGACUCUCAUUCUUGUUUAUUGUUAUAGAGAGCUUGUUUACAUCAUAUUUUCUCGUGCGUGCCCUCUGAUUGACCCCGCAUGAGACGCUGUGUUCACAAAGGGGUGUGGCUUAGGCCUUUGAAGUAACUUGUUGACGCCGCCAACGAAUAAAAAUAAUUAAUCUGUUCCAAAUAGUAUUUGGUAGAAUGAUUGGGAUUUUUCUCGAAAUGUCUCGAAGGCAGGGCUUGGGCGUCGGUAGACCCACCUAUAUAAGGGAUUGACAGGCACGGACGAGGGACGGAGAUUUCAGAUAGAUUUUCUUAACAUUACGAGGCGUGUUUUAUUCUUUGUGUAUUUGUGUGCUCCUACUUAUAUGUGUUUAUUUCGCAUUAUUUAUUGGCAUCAUUAUUUCUAAUUGUAUUAACUGUGUACCGGUACGACAUCUGCCAUACUGUAAGUUGAAGAUUGUAAUUUUAUUUUAUUUUAUUUUGUAAUUAUCUUAAGACAUAAUAAAUCUUAAUUAAUUGUAACUAGAAACUGUUUUGGGUCGUAUCUUUAAUAUUGUUGAUUCUAUGGUAUCGUCCUUUGUUAGGCACUGUUUACAACGAGCCAAUUAAAAUUAAAAUAGGAGAUUAAUUUCUCCCAAUACAAGUCAGUGCGUAACAAAUUGGGUUGCUCGUCCCGGAUAUAGCGGACUCUAUAUUAUUAUUUUUCUCAAGACCCCAAUUCUAACAAAUUGGGGGCAUCGUCCGCGAUAACCGAAUCCAUAUUUUAUUCUCAUUAGACCCCAAUUUUAACAAAUUGUGGGCUUUUCCGAGGAUAAUUUUAAUCCAUAAUUUUUAUUACACCAAUAAUAAAUUGAGUGUUUUUCUGUGGAUUUUGACCCACUGUUUACUUUUAUAUACUCAGAUUAAUUUUGAGUACACGAUACCAUUUUACGACACCAACAACAGAGCUGGUUACAAUUUUUUUAUUAGUGUGUGCACUAAGCUUAAAUUUUUAUAAAAAACAGUGUUGUAUUUUGCCUCUGUAAAAAUGGAUUUUGAUGUUGAAAACCCAUCAGUUGAGGCAUUAGACAAUUGUUCUAGGAAGGAGCUAUUUUCCAUUGCUAAAGCUCUAGGAAUAAAUGUAGCUCAUUCGGCUGUAAAAAAGACGAUACGAGACAUGAUCAUCGUUCACUUUGUGGAUGAAGACAUGUUAUCUGAAGAUGAACUUGCCUCAGUCACACAACCGACUGAUCCAAGUAUGGAGCUCCAACUAAAGCUCAAACAAAUGGAACUAGAUGCCCAGAGAGAAAAAGAACGUGAGCUUAAACAGCUGGAGCUAGAUAAAGAACGAGAGCUUAAACAGCUGGAGCUAGAUAAAGAACGUGAGCUUAAACAGCUGGAGUUGGAAGCACAGAAAGAGCUACAAAUCAAAUUAAAAGAAAUGGAAAUAACAGCCAAUUUGGGAGCAAUGGAAAAUAGACUCACGGCUCCAGCCGGUCAAGGUUGCGAUGCAAUUAAAUUUGCAAAAGUAAUCCCUAAAUUUACAGAAAAAGAGGUUGACCAAUAUUUUGCGCAGUUUGAGAUAACUGCCCAAAAUUUUAAAAUUCCUGAAACUAUGUGGUCCACCUUACUUCAACCAGCCUUGACCGGAAGGGCAUCUGAAGUCUUUGUGUCCCUGAAUGCGGAACAGCGCGGGGACUAUAACCUAGUAAAAUCAUUAAUACUUAAGGCUUAUGAAUGUGUCCCCGAAGCAUACCGUAAAAAGUUUAGGGAACUGUGGAAACGUGAUGGCCAGACUCAUGUUGAGUUCCUCCUGGACAAGUGGCUGCACGCAACCAACACCGAGACAGACUUCAAGAAAUUCAAGAAUCUCAUUCUGAUGGAGGAGUUCAAGAAUUGUGUUCGUACUGAGGUGCGGAUACAUAUUGCAGACCGUGGCGAAGGUGACGCACAUACGGCAGCAGUGUUAGCCGACGACUUCACCAUCACUCGUCAACUUUCCAAGAAUCCAUUUGACACAAGAAAAGACAGGCACAAUAAGACAACAACAUCAACUUACAGUAAACCUUUACAAAAACCAUUCAAGCCCGGUAUGAAAGAAACAAGUGCCAAAGACACAUGUGCCUACUGCAAAAAGGAAGGACAUACGAGGGAUGAUUGCUGGAAACUCAAGAAGAAAACUGAGAAGACCACACAUCCUGGUACACAACACAAAGUCUCCGCUUGUACGUCUCGUCAUACAUCUGGAAACACAUUUUCAAAAUUCAAGAGUUUUUGCUCUCCAGAUGUCCAUACAAACUUUAAAGAGGUUUGUCACGACUCAUCAAAGAGUUCCAUCAUGAACAAUAAGGCUAGUUUUACUGACUCCAGCCAAGUUCCUGCUUCGACUGCGAGUUUUAUGAGCUUGUCGCCAAGAUCCUUUUGCUCCAAGAAGAGGUCUACCUCCAGAGGGCGUUUUACUGAGGACUUGUGUGCAAGUUUUGACGACUCUACCCAGAGUUUUACUUCCUCUACCCUAGCCGAAUGUUCUCAAGACUCCAACAAGAGUUUACCUACCAAGGUCCAAAAUUCUACAUCAGAAACUACUGAUGUCAUACAAGACUUCAUGCCUUUCAUAUCGGAAGGAUUCGUAUCACUGCCAGGUGAUUUUUCCAGUCUACAACCAAUCAGAAUCUUACGAGAUACAGGUGCUUCACAGUCCUUACUACUUAGGGACUAUAACCUAGUAAAAUCAUUAAUACUUAAGGCUUAUGAAUGUGUCCCCGAAGCAUACCGUAAAAAGUUUAGGGAACUGUGGAAACGUGAUGGCCAGACUCAUGUUGAGUUCCUCCGGGAAAAGGAACGGCUCCUGGACAAGUGGCUACACGCAACCAAUACCGAGACAGACUUCAAGAAAUUCAAGAACCUCAUUCUGAUGGAGGAGUUCAAGAACUGUGUUCGUACUGAGGUGCGGAUACAUAUUGCAGACCGUGGCGAAGGUGACGCACAUACGGCAGCAGUGUUAGCCGACGACUUCACCAUCUCACAUCAACUUUCCAAGAAUCCAUCUGACACCAAAAAUGACAGGCACAAUAAGACAGCUGUAUCAACUUACAGUAAACCUCCACAAAAACCAUUCAAGCCCGGUACGAAAGAAAUUGGUGCAAAGGACACAUGUGCCUACUGUAAAAAAGAAGGACAUACGAGGGAUGAUUGCUGGAAACUCAAGAAGAAAACUGAGAAGCCCACACAUCCUGGUACACAACACAAAGUCUCCGCUUGUACGUCUCGUCAUACAUCUGGAAACGCAUUUUCAAAAUUCAAGAGUUUUUGCUCUCCAGAUGUCCAUACAAACUUCAAAGAGGUUUGUCACGACUCAUCAAAGAGUUCCAUUAUGAACAAUAAGGCUAGUUUUACUGACUCCAGCCAAGUUCCUGCUUCGACUGCGAGUUUUAUGAGCUUGUCGCCAAGAUCCUUUUGCUCCAAGAAGAGGUCUACCUCCAGAGGGCGUUUUACUGAGGACUUGUGUGCAAGUUUUGACGACUCUACCCAGAGUUUUACUUCCUCUACCCUAGCCGAAUGUUCUCAAGACUCCAACAAGAGUUUACCUACCAAGGUCCAAAAUUCUACAUCAGAAACUACUGAUGUCAUACAAGACUUCAUGCCUUUCAUAUCGGAAGGAUUCGUAUCACUGCCAGGUGAUUUUUCCAGUCUACAACCAAUCAAAAUCUUACGAGAUACAGGUGCUUCACAGUCCUUACUACUUGAGGGUAUACUUCCCUUGUCUGAAUCUACUGCUACUGGGAGCAACAUCCUGUUACGAGGUGUAGAGCUGGGAUGCAUAGAUGUACCUUUACAUCUCAUCAACCUAAAAUCAGACUUAGUCUCCGGACCUGUGGUUGUGGGUGUCCGACCAACAUUACCAUUGGACGGCAUCUCGUUGCUGCUAGGCAAUGACUUAGCUGGUGGGAAGGUGAUAGCCGAGCCCAUCGUUACUCAUGAACCUUGUUUAAAUGAAAAUCAGGAAGAAGAUCAAGAAUUGUAUCCAGCAUGUGCUGUGACAAGGGCCAUGAGUUCCAAGAUCUCCACAAAAGAGAUUUCACAAAAAAGCAAUAAAAUUCUUCCUGAAAUUGACCUGGGAAAAACAUUUUUUGCAAGUCUAAAUGAAGAGGCUAGUAAUUACAAGACUCCAACUCGAAUGCAACUUAUUGAAGAACAGAAGAGUGAUCCAGAAAUAGUCAAACUUCGAGAGAACGCUUUGACCCAAGAAGAAGCUGAACAAUUCCCUAUAUGUUAUUACCUUCAAGAUGACAUACUUUUGAGGAAAUGGCGACCUCCAGACGCAAAUGCUGACGAAGAAUGGAGGAUAGUUCAUCAAAUAGUAGUUCCUACCCCAUUCCGGAACGAAGUCCUGAACUUAGCCCAUGACUCACCACUUUCAGGGCAUUUGGGAGUAAAGAAGACAUAUCACAAAAUCACGUCGCACUUCUUUUGGCCCAAAAUCAAGAAAGAUGUGGUUGAAUACUGCAGAUCAUGUCAUACUUGUCAGGUUGUAGGGAAACCAAAUCAGAAGAUACCAGCAGCUCCUCUUCAACCCAUUCCAGCAUUCGAAGAACCUUUCAGUCGCGUUAUUAUAGACUGCGUUGGACCUCUGCCAAAGACAAAAUCAGGUCACCAAUACUUGCUGACAAUCAUGUGUGCGUCAACAAGAUUCCCAGAAGCUAUUCCUCUUCGCAAUAUCAAGACUCCGAACAUCGUCAAAGCCUUGACGAAGUUUUUUACAUUGUUUGGUCUUCCGAAGUCUGUACAGUCUGACCAAGGAACCAACUUCAAGGCUGGAAUAUUCAAACAAGUGAUGAACCAGUUGGGCAUAGAACACUGCUUGUCGAGUGCAUAUCAUCCUGAGUCACAGGGAGCACUUGAGCGAUUCCAUCAGACGUUGAAGAACAUGAUGAGAACCUACUGCCUAGAACAAGAGAAAGACUGGGAUGAAGGCAUCAACAUGCUACUGUUCGCCGCAAGAGAAGCAGUUCAAGAAUCACUUGGAUUCAGCCCCUUCGAACUGGUGUUUGGCCACACGGUUCGCGGUCCCCUUAAACUUUUAAAAGACACGUGGAUGUCAUCGGCACCCACGGAAGGACUUCUUGACUAUGUCCAAAAAUUUAAAACUAAACUUUUUAAUGCCGUUAAUUUGGCUAAAACACAUUUAAAAGAUUCACAAUCUAAAAUGAAAGUUUGGUAUGACAAAAAGUCAAAAUUCAGACAGUUUGCUUCAGGGGACAAAGUGCUUGUGCUUUUGCCGAUACCAGGGCAAGCACUACAAGCUAGAUAUUUUGGUCCUUAUGUUGUUGAGUCCAAAAUCAAUGAUUUAAAUUACAUUGUGUUAACACCAGAUCGUAAAAGAAAGAAACAGUUAUGUCACAUUAACAUGUUAAAAGAAUAUUUUGAUAGAAAAUGUGAUGAUCAUUGUCCAUCCUCAGAAACAAAUGUUAACACAAUCUCAACUGUAACUUCAGUACUUAAAGAAAAUGUUACUGAAACCUUUGAUAGUGUCCCAGAAAAAGUUGGUAAUUAUAAACUUAAAAAUUCAGAAAUAUUGGCCAACUUAGAUAAGAAACUAGGACAUUUGUCAUUGUCAGAGAAGGAUGUUGUUAAGUCUGUUAUUGCAGAUUUUGUUUUACUCUUCCCUGAUGUACCUAAUAAAACCAACAUUGCUGUACAUGAUGUUGACAUUGGCAAUGCAGUUCCGGUCAAGCAACACCCCUAUAGGGUCAAUCCGGAAAAACUUGAAAUAAUCCGGUCUGAAAUAAAAUACAUGCUUGAAAAUGAUAUAAUUGAACCAAGCUCUAGUAACUGGAGUUCACCAUGUAUUUUAGUCCCAAAGCCUGACAAAAGUUACAGGUUUUGUACUGACUUCAGGAAAGUGAAUGCAUUCACAAAGACUGAUUCCUUUCCGAUUCCAAGGAUAGACGAUCUUAUAGAUCGAAUAGGUGAUGCCAAAUAUGUAACCAAGAUAGACUUACUAUCAGGUUAUUGGCAGGUUCCUCUAUCUGACAGAGCAAAAGAAAUCUCUGCUUUUUGUACUCCAGAUGGUUUAUACCAAUAUAAAGUAAUGCCGUUUGGAAUGAAAAAUGCCCCAGCUACAUUCCAACGUCUAGUAAAUAACAUUAUUGCUGACCAGGAAAAUUGCAGCGCCUAUAUUGAUGAUGUAAUUAUUUACAGUCAAGAUUUUUCAUCUCAUGUAAACCAGUUAAGAUCUCUGUUUAAAAAAUUUUUGCAGGCAAAUGUAACUGUAAAUUUAAAUAAAUGUGAAUUUUGUCAUGCAACUGUGGAAUAUUUAGGUCACAUAGUGGGUCAAGGUCAUGUAAAGCCUGUUCAAGCUAAGAUAAAUGCUAUUGUAUCACUUCCACCACCCACUACUAGAAAACAGUUAAUGAGAUUUUUGGGAAUGGCAGGUUAUUAUAGAAAAUUUUGCAAAAAUUUCUCAGUUAUUGCUUCUCCUUUAAGUAAUAUGUUAAAGAAAAAUGCAAAAUUUCAUUGGUCAGAUGCUUGUCAGAAAGCAUUCGAAAACAUUAAAAAUAUACUUGCUAAUGCUCCUGUUCUCAUUGCACCAGACUUUAACAAACAGUUUAAAUUAGCUGUAGAUGCCAGUGAUGUUGGCAUUGGUGCAGUUCUUUUUCAAGAAGAUGACCACAAUGUAGAUCAUCCUGUCUCUUAUUUCUCAAAGAAAUUUAACUCACAUCAGAAAAACUAUUCCACUGUAGAAAAAGAAUGUUUAGGUUUAAUUCUUGCUCUCCAACAAUUUGAUUUUUAUGUCAGUUGUUCUUUACAUUCAGUACUUGUUUUUACUGAUCACAAUCCUUUAACAUUUUUGAAUAAGAUGGUCUCCAAAAAUCAAAGAUUGUUAAGAUGGAGCCUAUUUUUACAAGAAUAUAAUUUGGACAUCAAACAUAUUAAAGGCAAAGACAAUGUCAUUGCAGAUACUUUGUCCAGAAAUUAAUUUUCACUUAUGUUAUUGUUUAUAAGCUGUUAAGAAGUUUUUUGUCUAAUAUUUUGAGAGUAAGAAAUGUACUUUCUUCAAUUUUAAUGGAAAAAGAAUUCCAUUUUUGAACAAUGAAAUUUUUUUCUUUUAAGAGGGGAGGUGUUAUAGAGAGCUUGUUUACAUCAUAUUUCUCGUGCGUGCCCUCUGAUUGACCCCGCAUGAGACGCUGUGUUCACAAAGGGGUGUGGCUUAGGUCUUUGAAGUAUCUUGUUUACAGUCGGCUUCCAAUUACGCAUUGGGUAGAUUGUUUUCGGGUAAUUUCUGGAAUAUACUCCUUAACCCGAGAGAUGUAAACAACACGUCAUAAGCCCUUCUCGAAGCAUCUUACUCUACAUAUAUAUAAGAGAUUGACAGGCACGAGGGGACGGAGAUUUUUCACAUAGAUUUUCUUAACAUUACGAGGCGUGUUUUAUUCUUUGUGUAUUUGUGUGCUCCUACUUAUAUGUGUUUAUUUCGCAUUAUUUAUUGGCAUCAUUAUUUCUAAUUGUAUUAACUGUGUACCGGUACGAGAUCUACCAUACUGUAAGUUGAAGAUUGUAAUUUUAUUUUAUUUUAUUUUGUAAUUAUCUUAAGACAUAAUAAAUCUUAAUUAAUUGUAACUAGAAACUGUUUUGGGUCGUAUCUUUAAUAUUGUUGAUUAUAUGGUAUCGUCCUUUGUUAGGCACUGUUUACAACGAGCCAAUUAAAAUUAAAAUAGGAGAUUAAUUUCUCCCAAUAUAAGUCAGUGCGUAACACUUAUCAAUGCUAUGGAGGUCAGUAGCACAGACUCUCAUUCUUGCUCAUCAAUGCUAUGGAGGUCAGUAGCACAGACUCUCAUUCUUGCUUAUCAAUGCUAUGGAGGUCAGUAGGACAGACUCUCAUUCUUGCUUAUCAAUGCUAUUGAGGUCAGUAGGACAGACUCUCAUUCUUGCUUAUCAAUGCUAUGGAGGUCAGUAGCACAGACUCUCAUUCUUGCUUAUCAAUGCUAUGGAGGUCAGUAGCACAGACUCUCAUUCUUGCUUAUCAGUGCUAUGGAGGUCAGUAGCACAGACUCUCAUUCUUGCUUAUCAAUGCUAUGGAGGUCAGUAGCACAGACUCUUAUUCAACAGUUGUUAUUAAUAACUAAAAAUUCAGAGAAUUAGUUUUACAAAAUAAUGUGUGCUAUGUUUGGAUGAAUAGCUUCAAAAUUUAAGUUACAAAUAGCUAUAUCUAUGACAGUAAUAAAAUAGUCAGCAGACCCUGUUCAGGGGCAAUUUUUUAGAUCUCGGGAAAUAUUUGAUUGAACCACUUGUUAAGAAAAUAUAAUGCACUUUUUAAAAUUAGUUUAAAAAAAAUAAAUUCUAAAUCAAGGAAGGCAAACUUAACAAAUAAGGGGAGUAAUAUGAUUAAAUCAGGGCACCAAAUGGCUAAAUAACAAGAGGCAAACUUCAGCCAGAUGACAUUUUAUAGAGUUAAAAUUUAAAAAAAUAAAAUAAAAUAAGUAAACAAAUAAUCCUAAUGGAAUAAAUUGAAUUAUUUUCAAUGAUUAUGCCAACUGAAGCAUAUGCUGAAGUUUUGGUUAAUAUAUUUAAUUGAUCAGUUUGAGAAUCUUUCAGAUAAGCCUGAUAUUUGAUGUCUAUCAACUGAGUUGAUACAUCUGUUAGAUUAGCCUGAUAUUUGAUGUCUAUCAACCGAGUUAUUACAUCCUAAUUUUUCGGACAUCCGAUGUUUCAAUAUUUCUAGGUCACAGGUAUCGAUGGGAACUACAGGAUGACCUGUGAAAAGGUCAUGGCCGUCCUACGAGAUAACAAAGAGUCCCUGAUGGCCGUGCUGGAGGCCUUCGUGUACGACCCCCUUCUCAGCUGGCGUUUGGUGGAUGCUCACAAGACCAAGGCCGGCGGAGGUGGUGGAAAAGGUGGAAAAUCUGGUGGAUCAAUUAAUGAAAGUCACGAAGGCUCAAGUAGGUCAUCAUGUUGUUUUAAAAUAAAAAGUCUGAAUGCACUGUCUGAAUGCACUGUCUGAAUGCACUGUCCGAAUGCACUGUCUGAAUGCACUGUCUUAAUGCACUGUCUGAAUGCACUGUCUGAAUGCACCCUUCCAGUUGCUCUCAGAAACAGCCAGACUCUGGAGUCCUUUAAAACUCAUUAAAAAACACAUCUAUUUCGCAAACACCUUCUGGGGUGAUGCUAUCUAUCAUCUUUUUUUCAUUUAAUGUACAUUGGCUUGUGUUGUUAUGGUUGAAAUAGGAUGAAAGACUUUGACUUGGUAUGCUCGUAUGUAGUUUUAUAUUGUUGCGUCUGUUUUUUAAAUGUGAUAAAUUUUAGAUUGUUUUUAUUUCUCUUUUUAAUAUGGUUGACUUUGUACCAGGCUUCGAGCUUUUCGGGAUGAAGCGUGUUUUUCAAAUAAACUUUAUUAUUAUUAUUAUUAUUAUAAUCAUCUGAAUGCGCUGUCUGAAUGCAAAGUCUAAAUGCACCAUCUGAAUGCACUGUUUGAAUACUAAGUCUAAAUGCAUCAUUUGAAUGCCCUGUCUGAAUGAAAAGUCUAAAUGCUUCAUCUGAAUGCACCAUCAUAACAUUGAAAUAAUUUUAUAAACUUGAGUUGACCAAUUAACUACCCAAAUUUCCUUUAAAAAAAUUUUUUCCCAUAAUAUAAACAGCUUCUGGUGACCUGAUGGAGAAUCUGGAAGGUUCACAGUCCAGUGGUGCUGGGAAGAAACCCGAGGCUGGUGACCCCGGUGAGGAGGUCAGUGUGGCACCAGAGGUGACCAGCAAGAAGGCCAUCAGCAUUGUGAACAGAGUGAGGGACAAGCUCACAGGUCAGUUGUCACUAGAGAAAUUUGGUUGUCAUGGACAUUUUUUGGUUUUUGCUACAGACAAUUGACUGUUCCUGUUUUUCUUCACUGUGAAAUUUGAUUGUUCUUCCAAUGACUAAUUAUAAAUCUUGUUCCUAAAAGGUCGUGACUUUGGACAAGAGGACCCUGUUGAUGUCAAUCGGCAGGUUGACCUUCUGAUCCAGCAGGCCACGUCACACGAGAACCUCUGUCAGUGCUACAUCGGAUGGUGCCCCUUCUGGUAGUUUAUGACUGGACGCAGUGCAGACCUGAGUAAAUUCUGGUAGUUUAUGAGUGGACGCAAUGCAGACCUGAGUAAAUUCUGGUAGUUUAUGAGUGGACGCAAUGCAGACCUGAGUAAAUUCUGGUAGUUUAUGAGUGGACGCAAUGCAGACCUGAGUAAAUUCUGGUAGUUAAUGAAUUGCCGCAAUGCAGACCUGAGUAAAUUCUGGUGGUGGAUGUCACAAUGGAAAGCAUAUCUUGUGUCCAUUUUCUUAGUCAGUGACAUGAUGGAUAGCAGAGAUGGACGGGAUCAGAAUGUUAUCCUUGUAUGUAUUGCCAGUUGGGUUUGAAUAGGGCGGGAUGACCAGGUUGGAAUGUUGUCCUUACAAAAUGUCACUGGGGAAAUUCACGCCAAACAAUAACUUGUUAUGUUACUUUGUAUAUCUCCCUGUUACAUAAAGAAAAUUGUUUUUGAACUGUCAUCUUUAAUCAUCCAUCAAUAUCAUCCAAUGUUAAUCAAAUAUUUCACACAAUCAUCUUGGUUCUUAUCCAUCAAUUUCCUGUUUACAACUGUGUGUGUUGGACAAUCUAAACGUUCUUGUCACUGUUGGCUGUAUCCAGGGAAAGCUGUAUCCAAUGAUGGCUGUAUCCACUGAUUGCUGUAUUGCCCAAUCGCUGUAUUCCCUGAUUUGCCAUUCCUAUUUUAAAUUGUUUUGAAGAUGUGCAUUUUUCUUUCUUUGUGAGAUUAGUUGCGUGAUGAAAGAUUUUUAAGCUUACAUUUUUUUCUCAUUGAAGAAAAAAAGAUUUUACUUUAUUUACACAUUUGCUUAUAAUUAAAGAUUUUGUAGAAUUUUUCAAAUACUAAUGUCAAGUCAUCUGACAUAUACAGUCUCAGGGUCUGUUCCAUAUGUUAUUUAAUGUUUGGUUACAUUAAACUGACAUGUUAGCUUUGGGAAUAACAUUCCCCGUUUUACAUGACUGGUUCACCAAUCCUGUAGUGCAGGUCUGCACAACUCAAAAUGUACGGCGGCUGAAAUACUUGAGUAAAAACUUGUGCGGGCCAAAAGAAAAUACGACAGGGGGGAAAGCUAUUAAGAAAAUAGUAAGAAUAAAGAAUAUUUUGUUACUUUGCGGGCUGCAAAGUGGGUGCUGGCGGGCCACAUGUGGCCCAUGGGCCGUAUGUUGUGCAGGCCUGCUCUAGUGUUCAGUUCCCUCCAGAGACAGUCAUUUAGAGGAUAUGUGUUGUAUGUUCUCCAUUAUUUGUCUGGCUGAGGGGCAGUCAUUGCCAACCUGUUCCAGCUGGCACACCUCUUCAUUCAGAAAUCAACCGACCGUUCUGGUCAAUUAUAUUUAAUGAGUGAAAAAGGCAAAGUUAAAGAAAAAUCUUCGACUCAUUGAACUGACUGAAGCAGGUCGCAGGCUGGAACCUGAUCUAGCUUUUUGUGACUCUUGUCUUAGGUGUCAUUAAGUCUUUAACAAAAUUGUUAUAUACAUUGCAUAUUUUUCAUGUACAUUUGCACCUCAUUGUAAAUAGUAACCCAUUGCGGCUUUCAUAAAAGUCUCUUCAUGCAUGAGAGAGUCCUUGAUUGUUCUUUAAUUGUUUGGGCUAACAUAUUAUACCUUCAUUGAAAAAGUCUUAAUGGAAGCUUGAUGAUUACAUUUUAUUUUAAGAAUUAUAUAAAAAAAAACAACACAAAGUUGCAUAACAGAACUAGUUUAAAAAAAAAAAAGUUUGUAUAGAAACCAGAGUUGCAAAGACAUGGAUGAGAAGGAUGUGUGAGACAAGGAUGUGUGAGAAGGAAUGUCUUGAAAGUGUGCAGUGAAGGCAGGAUGACUAUAGUUUGUUGCCUUUUGUCUUGUUCACUCUGAAUCACAGAACAAGGCAGUGUUUGAUUUGGAUAUUUGAUGGAAUAUAAAUGAAGUUUUGCCACGAGGCAACCUUUUGUUAAAUAAUUAUGUCCACUGUUUCUAAUGUUUGACUGUGUCAGAAAUAGUUCACCGAAUGUUUGACUGUGUCAGAAAUGGUUCACCGAAUGUUUGACUGUGUCAGAAAUGGUUCACCGAAUGUUUGACUGUUAGAAAUGGUUCACCGAAUGUUUGACAGUGUCAGAAAUGGUUCAGCAAAUUUUUUACUGUGUCAGAUACGGUACACCGAAGACAUUUUUAAUAUAAACUCGGUGCACCACUAGAAAGAGUGAUUAGAUAAUCUACUUUCUGCAGGUGAAUUGAGGUUGUCAAUGUAACUGUAUAGAUGAUUCUUUUAGGUUGGUUGCCUGUAGGGUUGCCACAGCUAACUGAAUGAGAUUUUUUUCUUCUUCUCUAACUAGAUUUUACAUGCAUGACUUCAGCUGUAAAGCUUACGUCAGCUAUAAAGUUGACUUCAGCCUAACAUGUGAAUUAAAAUGUACACAUGACUUAAGACGGGUUUUAAUACUGGCAAGAAAGUAAUCAUGGACAUAGGGGCAAUGAGAUGUGUCCUGUGUACACCAUAUGUAUGUUCAAGAUAGCAUGGCAUCUGUACAACACACUGACUGAUCCAAGCAUGAUUUGAUUGGGUGUAAUUUUGGUUUAAUUUUAUGUGACCAAUUAAAUUAAAUUUGCUUUUGUUCCAAUGCUACUAAAAAUGAAAAUACAAUCAAGAGGGAAAAAAAUUGAUCAAUUUGUUUCUUUCUCCAAAAGUGAUUGUUAAAAGAUGAUUGUUAGAAUCUUAAGAAAUUAAUUUUCUUUGUGCGUAUGAAUGAGACUGUGUAUGAAUAUGAAUCAAGGAAAACUUUCUUUGUGUGUUGCAGAAUAUUUAUUGAACAUUUCUUAACAUGUUCAACCUUACACAGAUGAUAAUUUUAUGUUGUGUUCUAUUACAAUAUUCCCAUUUUUUCCUAUGUCCCCCCCAAUUCACAGAGUUCUGUUCAACUAAUCAUGUUUAAAUAAUAAAG